AGCGUCGAGUCGUAACCCGCCCAAUUCGCAUUCGACUGACGUCUUGGUUUAAAGAAUCACGGGGACAAAACUUUUGACGAUGACUUGAUUUCUGCCGACUGCUUGAACUGAUCCGCGGUUACCAGCAAAACUGCGUGUAUCGUGGAGUAAAGCGAGAUAAGUGCAAGUGAUUUGCUCCAAUUCAUCGUUGUGCAUCAAGAGUUUGUUUAAUCUUGGAUGAAAAAAUACAACGUUAAUAAAAAAAAAUAAAGUAAAGAUCUCUUUAGAUCUAGAUCUUUCUAGAUUAGCAAUUGAUCACUACUAAGUCACUGUAUAGUUGGUCACAAUUUUUCGAUCCGAACGACUUGCAACUAUAUCGACUCUCUCAAGAUGAAGCGACAACAAUCUCAAGAACUACAGAAGCAGCAGCAAACUAUAAUGCAAGAACAACAGCAAUAUAUCCAGCAACGAACAGAAAGACAAAUCACGCGACAACAAAUCACCAGUCAGCAGAGAGUUCAAGGGGAGGUUGUUAUAGAAACAACGCCUACGGUACCAGUAUUUACGGGUAAACCUGGGAAUCCCUCACCACCGAUUUUUGAGCGAAUCUUCAAAAAUGCAAGAUUUGCUCAGGGCGGUAACGCGAUUUUUGAAGGCUGUGUUCGAGGCAAUCCAAGACCAUCAGUUUCUUGGACACAUAAAGGAGUGUCAUUGCUAGAAUCACGAAAAAUUCGAAUGUCUUAUGAUGAAAAUUCUGGAAUUGUUACACUUCAAAUUAAUCAGAUUGGUCCAGGCGAUGAGGGCGAAUAUACAUGUAGUGCAAAGAAUCAAUAUGGCGAAGCUAUUUGUUCAGUUUACAUACAGCCAGAGGGAUUUGGUCCUCCAGCGCAACAGCUAACAGAUAGUUACAAAAAAGAAUUUACGCAAAGCUUUCAGGCGAGCGAACAGAAAAUGCAAACUGGAAGUCAAAUCUUCCAACAACGUAAUUAUCAACAAAUAACAGACAAACAGAGUUACGUAAAUGGUACAACUAUAAGCAUCGAAGAUUUUAAGGUUGACACAUUUGAGUACAGAUUGUUGCGCGAAUUGGAGUUCCGUGAAUCAAUCACUCGCCGUUUUGUGGGUGAAUCCGAUUUGCAAAUUUCUACGACAGUUGACCGCACUCUAGGACCAGUCGCACCUCCACAAAUCACUCAGAAACCUAGAAACUCAAAGCUCGUUGAAAGAUCGGACGCUAUCUUCACUGCAAAGAUAACUGGCAAUCCAAAACCAAGAUUAACAUGGUUUAAAAACGGCCAGAGAAUUCGAGAUUCUCAACGUGUGGAGACAAGUUAUUCGAAUCAGCAGGCUACUUUACGAAUUCGAGCCGCUCUUCCGGAAGAUAGUGGACAUUAUACAUUAUUAGCUGAGAAUCCUCAAGGUUGUACUGUUAGUUCCGCUUAUUUGGCCAUUGAAUCCAGUGAUCAAGUACAUCAUGUGCCGUAUCAAGAGCAUCAAAGAGAAUUUAUUAAAACUCAACAAGUAGAAUCAACCAUUGAAUCUGUUGACUCUAGCAAGGUUCUACCACCAAAUUUUGUUCGUACUAUCACAGAUAAGGAGACUACCGAAGGCAAAAUGACGCGAUUUGAUUGUCGUGUAACUGGUCGUCCAUAUCCCGAAGUUAUUUGGUACAUAAACGGUCAACAAGUCGUUAAUGACAUGACUCAUAAAAUACUUGUAAAUGAAUCUGGUAACAAUUCAUUGAUGAUCACAAAUGUGAAUCGCGCCGACGCUGGCGUAGUAACAUGCGUUGCUCAGAAUAAAGCUGGCGAGACUUCUUGUCAAUGUAACUUAAAUGUUAUUGAAAAGGAACAAGUAGUUGCGCCAAAAUUUGUCGAACGUUUUGCUACGACUAGCGUAAAGGAAGGAGAACCCGUGAUCUUUAUGGCACGCGCAGUCGGAACGCCUGUUCCACAUAUUACGUGGCAAAAGGAUGGAGUACCGAUAAUGCCUAGUCCUGAAAUACGUAUAUCAAGCAAUGGUAGCGGAGCUUCAACUUUGGAUAUUCCGUAUGCCAAAUUUUCAGAUGCAGCCUGGUACCAGUGUACAGCUCAAAAUAUAGCCGGUUCCACCGCAACUCGUGCGCGACUCUUUGUUGAAACGCCAAAAGGAACGACCCCGGAACCAAGACGCCUGAAAUUACCCCGACCAACGAAAGUCAUCGAACCAGAACCAACGCCUGGCCCCGAAGUGAUUUAUUUGAGACAUGUGGAACGCGCAAAACCUUAUUUGCCGCCCCCUGAAGAAGACAAAAUUUAUUCCCCGCCAUGUUUUAUUAUACCCCUAAAGGAUGUUCAUCAGAUCGAAGGUGGACGAAUUCACUUUGAGGCCAGAAUCGAACCGGUGGGCGAUCCUACUAUGAGGGUGGAAUGGUAUGUCAACGGUAGAACACUCGACGCAAGUUCCCGGGCGACUUCUGUUUUUCGCUUUGGUUUUAUUUCACUCGAUCUGAUUAGUGUUGUUCUGCAAGAUAGCGGCGAGUACCUGUGCCGUGUUGUAAGCUCGACUGGAAUAGCCGACUCUCGAGCCACCCUCAGUGUAACCCCGCGUGCCACGAUUGAACAAGCAACUCAACACCCCGACAGCCUCCAAUAUAUUCAACAGCUCGAAGAUUACAGCAAAUAUCAAAGACAGGAGAGCGUGGAGGAGACCUCUUCACAACGUCCGGUUUUUAUCCGUUUGCUUCAGGAUCUUGGUGAGCUACAAGAAGGUCGUAACGCCCAUUUUGAGGCGCAAUUGACACCUGUUAGCGAUCCUACUAUGAAAGUGGAAUGGUACAAAAAUGGAAAACCAAUUACAGCCAGCUCAAGAAUUACUAACAUCUUCAACUUCGGAUACGUCUCACUCAAUAUAAUGCACCUACGGGCUGAAGAUGCAGGUUCUUAUACUGUUAGAGCUGUAAACCGCUUGGGAGAGGCUAUCAGUUCUGCGACUCUUCGCGUUUUUGCGCGAACGAGCGUAACAACAGACUUGGGUAUUCCCGAACAAUUGAGAUACAUAGAGGCUGCCGAGGAAUUGGAAGCGUAUCAACAGGCGAUGCAUCAAAAGUAUGUGCAGGAACAGCCUGAACCAAGUAGUCCGCCGGAAUUUAAAUCGCCUAUUAAGGAUCAAAGUGGCAUACGAGAAGGUGGAUUUGCCCAUUUUGAAGCGCGUCUCGAACCAAUUGGAGAUGCCGAUCUCCGUGUUGAAUGGUUGAAAGAUGGGCGACCUGUGGAAGCUAGUUCUCGAAUUACAACCUUUUUCAAUUUUGGUUAUGUGGCGUUAACCAUCAAAUAUGUAACAAUACACGAUGUUGGUGUGUACACUUGCCGAGCCUAUAACAGAUCUGGUGAAGCUCAUACUACCGCUCAAUUGAGUGUGAUUAGCAAGAAUGAUAUUAUUUAUGAUAGCCAACAUCCUACUGGUCUCCAAAAAAUUCAAUGUCUCGAAGAUUCAAGUAGAUACUCGCGACAGGUUCAGGAAGAAACGCAGAUUAUACAAGCACCACGAUUUUUGGGUAAUCUUAAAGGUACUAAUAAAAUCGUAGAAGGUCAACGGGCGCAUUUUGAGGCACGCGUCGAACCUCAAAGUGAUCUGAAUAUGAAGAUCGAGUGGUAUCACAAUGGCAAACCCAUUACUGCUGCUAAUAGAAUCCAGAUGUAUCACGAUUUUGGGUACGUUUCCAUUGAUAUUCUUCAGGUUCGUGCUGAAGACACUGGCACAUAUACUGUUGUUGCUAAAAACUCUCGUGGAGAAGCUCGUUUAUCCGCCUCCAUGACUGUAGAAACGCGUUCUAACGUAGAUACUAGUAGCAUGCAUCGCAGCACUUUUGAGAAAACUCAACAUUUAGAAGGAUCCAAAUUUGUUGAACCGCAAUAUCAUAUUGAAGAAAUCUCUAAAUCAAAACCAAUUUUUAUUCAGCCGUUGAGUGAUCCUAAACCAGUUAGUGAGGGCAAAAAUAUUCACUUAGAAUGUCGUUUAGAACCAAUGGGCGAUCCAACGAUGAGAGUUGAAUGGUUCCAAAAUGGACGCCCGAUCACAGUUGGAUCGAGAUUUAGAACUUACUAUGAUUUUGGAUUUGUCGCACUCGAUAUAGUACACGUUACCGUUUACGAUUCUGGCGAAUAUACAGUCAGAGCUACUAAUCAUCUGGGUACUGCGCAUACUUCUGCUUGUGUCAGAGUCAUCGGAAAAUCUGACAUUAUCACUGAAACACAAAAUGAACAAUCGCUCGAACAGAUACAAAUGUUGGAAGAUUCCUCAAGAUAUCGUAAAAUUCAACAAGAGGAAGUUACUGUGAUGCAAGUACCUCAAUUCACUCGACCUUUGCAUAAUAUUGAGACGUUAGAACUUACAAACGUUCAUCUCGAAUGUCGUCUUCAACCAAUUGGUGAUGCGGCCAUGAAAGUCGAUUGGUUUGUUAAUGGUCGACCUGUUAAAACUGGUCACCGAUUCAGACCAUCUUAUGAAUUUGAUUACGUGGCUCUAGAUAUUCUUGGCGUUUAUCCUGAAGAUUCUGGUGUAUAUACCUGUCAAGCUAGAAAUCAGCUCGGCGAAGCCGUUACUUCAUGCUCUGUAAGAGUACACGCCAAAAAGGAUUUACUUUUAGAAUCUCAGCAUCCUGAAGGAUUAGAAAGAAUACAGUACUUAGAAGAUGCUUCAAGAUAUAAAAGGCAUGAACUAGUGGAUGAAAUUGUCAAUGUAAAACCGAAAUUUAUUACAAAACCGAAAAACCAAGAAAAUCUUCGAGAAGGACAACAUGCUCAUUUCGAGUGCAAACUAGAACCGGUAACGGAUCCGAAUUUGAAAGUUGAGUGGUUUAAAAACGGUCGUCCAGUAACAAUAGGACAUCGCUUUCGUCCAAUUCAUGAUUUUGGUUACGUAGCAUUGGAUGUAAUUGAUUUAAUUGCCGAGGAUUCUGGAACAUACACUUGUCAUGCUGUUAAUCUAGUAGGAAGUGAUGAAGUACUUUGUACUUUAACAUGUCGCUCCAGUGCACAAAUAUUAACAGACACACAAAACGAACUUGGACUUGAACAGAUUCACUAUCUGGAGGACAAAUCUAAAUAUAAUAGACAAGAGGUUAUUGAAGAAACUACCACUCAAGCACCUAUUUUUACAACUUCAUUAAACAACGUUGAGAUAAAAGAGGGUCAACGUGCACACUUUGAAUGUAGAUUAAUUCCGGUGUCCGACGCAACAAUGAAAAUAGAAUGGUUCCACAAUAAUAAACCGGUAAAAGCAGGCUCGAGAUUUAUCGAAACAAACAGCUUUGGUUUCGUUGCUCUUGAUAUCAUGUACGCGUACCCUGAAGAUUCCGGAACAUAUACUUGCAGAGCUAAAAAUGUAAUUGGUGAAGCCAUCACUUCUGCAACAGCUGUCGUUCAUUCUAAAAAGUCAAUUUACACUGAAACUCAAAGCGAAGAAACUCUUCAACGUCUUCGUUCACUGGAGGAUACAUCUCGUUAUCAACGUAAAACUGCAACCGAAGAAAUUAUUACUCAAGCCCCUGUCUUUACAAUGCCAAUAAAAGAUCUUCGUGUUGCUGAAAAUCAAGCAGCGCAUUUCGAAGCACGAGUUAUCCCAGUUGGUGAUUCCAAACUCAAAGUGGAAUGGUUGCGUAACGGAGUUCCUAUUUUAGCCUCAAAUCGUGUAACUACCAUGCACGAUUUUGGAUACGUCGCUUUAAAUAUGAAGUACGUUAAUCCCGAAGAUUCGGGCACUUAUACGUGUCGUGCUAUAAACGAACUUGGAGAAGCAGUUACUUCAGCCACAUUGUUCGUUCAAUCCAAGGCAGCUUUGCAGUUUGAAUCACAACAUGAGAGUGCUUUAUCAAAACUUCAAGCCCUAGAAGAUACUACAAAAUAUCAACGUCGUGAGGAAGAAGAGAUUGUGGUAAAAGACAAACCAUCCUUUACCGUUCAAUUGAAUGGACCUACCAAUCUAUUUGAAGGACAAAGCGCACAUUAUGAGUGUCGCAUAGAACCUUAUCCUGAUUCCAACAUGAAGGUGGAAUGGUUUCACAAUGGUAAACCAUUAUCCAUUGGUCACAGAUACAGAACUAUCUGUGAUUUUGGGUUUGCAUCGUUAGACGUAUUGUCCGUAUAUGCUGAAGAUUCGGGAACAUACACUUGUCAAGCCACCAAUAAAUUGGGAUCGGCGAAAAGCUCAAUUAAUCUUGACGUGAAGUCUCGAGCAUCAAUUAUUCAUGAUACACAACAUGAAAACGCAUUGAAAAAAAUACAAUAUCUUGAAGAUAAUUCAAAAUAUAAAAGAGUGAUCAAAGAAGAUACGAUAAUCGCCGAGAAACCUACUUUCGGAAGACCAUUGAAGAAUAUUGAACAUCUCCCAGAAGGCAAAAGUGCCCAUCUUGAAGCUACAUUGACUCCCGUGAAUGAUCCGACGAUGAUCGUCGAAUGGUUUAGAGAUGGACGUCCCAUUCCUCAAGGACAUAAAUUUAAAACAACCUACGAUUUUGGAUACGUUGCGCUCGAUAUUCUUUAUGCUUAUCCUGAAGAUUCAGGUACCUAUAUGUGCAAAGCAAGGAACGCUAUUGGAGAAGCAAUUACUACUUGCAUGAUUAGCGUGGAUUCAAAACAAGGUCUAUAUCUUGAUACAUUGGAUGCACAACGUUUGCAAAAGAUUCGAGAACUGGAAACUGUGGAAGUUAAGCAAGAGACCGAAAAAGAGAUUAUUCAUCAAAAACCUGUAUUCUUGACAUUAUUGAAUAAUUUGGAUCAUCUCAAAGAAGGCGAACAUGCUCAUUUGGAAUGUCGCGUGGAACCAAUUAACGACCCGAACUUAAAAAUCGAAUGGUUUGUCAACGGAGUUGCAAUUAAAACUGGUCAUCGCUUCCGUACAACGCAUGACUUUGGCUACGUGGCUCUUGAUAUUCUUUAUACUUAUCCUGAAGAUUCCGGUACUUACAUGUGUAAAGCAACCAACUUGGCUGGAGAAGCCGUUAACACUUGCACUAUCAAAGUCAGCUCACGACGGAGUAUUCUUUUGGAUACCCAACAUCCGGAUGGUCUAGAAAAGAUUCGAGAAUUAGAGGCCCAAGGUCAUCCUGCGAGAUUAGAAAUUGAGGAACCUCCAGUAACACCUCCGAGAUUUGUUACUGAACUUAGAGGUACAACCGAAGUAUAUGAGGGACAAACAGCUCAUUUCGAAUGUCAAGUAGAGCCUUUGCAUGAUGCAAAUCUAAGAAUCGAAUUCUUCCAUAAUGGUAAACCAUUACCAUCGGCAGCGCGUUUCCACGUGACUUUCGAUUUCGGAUACGUAGCUUUGGAUAUUACUCAUGCCGUACCUGAAGAUGCAGGACAAUAUUCUGUACGAGCAAUUAACGCAUUGGGACAAUGCGUAUCAUCUAUCGAGCUUAAAGUAAUUCCACGAGAUAAUAUUAUUUUGGAUUCUCAACGGCCCGAAGGAAUGGACAAAAUCCGAGAGCUCGAAUCCCAGCAGCCAUGGAAGAGACCAGAUAUUCCAGAGCCUCAAACUCGGCAGCGGCCAGUCUUCACUCAACCAUUGCAAAAUAUUGAUAGUAUUGCCGAGGGUCACACUGCGCACUUUGAAUGCAGACUUAUACCCGUUGGUGAUCCCUUGCUUAAAGUGGAAUGGUUUAGAAACGAAAUGCCUCUUGAGACAAGUUCGCGGAUUACAAAAGUACAUGACUUUGGUUAUGUGUCCUUGGAUAUUGCUCAUGUGCGUGAUGAAGAUGAAGGCGUUUACAUGUGCCGUGCGUCUAAUCCGUUGGGCGAAGCAGUUACCACAGCUUCAAUGAAGAUUAAAACUAAGGCGAGCAUACAGUUAGAUACUCAACAUCCAGAAGCACAACGUAGAAUCGCUCAGCUAGAAGCCAAGGAAGCUGAACGACCCGAAGAGGCGGAAAAGAUUUUCGAUAAACCAAUUUUCACACAGCUGUUAACUGGACCAACUGAACUUUGGGAAGGACAAAUGGCUAGAUACGAAUGUAGAGUCGUUCCUGUUGGUGAUGCGAGUUUAAGAUUUGAAUGGUAUAUGAACGGAGUCGAAUUAAAAAUGGGUUCACGCUUCCACGUAAGUCACGAUUUCGGAUACAUAACCUUAGAUAUUUUAAAAGUUAUCCCUGAAGACUCUGGAGUGUAUACUUGUAAAGCGAUUAACAAAGCAGGAGAAGCGAUAUCGUCAAUUUCGUUGAAAGUUAAAGCACGUUCAGCUAUCGAUUCUAACAGCAUACAAACGGAUGCAUGGCAGAAGAUUCAAUUGAAGGAAGCAGAAAUGAAUAAAGUGCCGGAAAUGUUUGUUGAUACAACACCGCAACAGGCGCCAGUUUUCACCAAACAUCUUGAAAGUUUCGACAAAUUGAUAGAGGGACAACGCGUCUAUGUAGAAGCUCAAGUGGAGCCACGAGCAGAUCCAAAUUUAAGAGUAGAAUGGUUUAAGAACGGUGUAUCUCUCCAGACUGGAACCAGACUUCGUAGUACUUUUGAUUUCGGUUUAGUAACGUUAUCUAUCAACGGGCUAAGACCUGAUGAUUCCGCAAUCUAUACUUGCAAAGCAACUAAUCUUUUGGGAGAAGCAGUGUCAACUUGUACUUUAAAAAUUGCCGAUCGUCACUGGUUAUUAGGAGAUACCUUACAUCCUGAUGCUUUGCCCAAAAUCAAUACGUUGGAGCAGCCUCAGAUAAUCUCUACCGAGCAACCAGAACCUACUUACGAAGAACCAGUUUUCAUUACUCAUUUAAAUAAUGUGGAAUGCAUUGAAGGUGAUAACGCUCACUUUGAAUGCAAUGUAGAACCAUCAAAAGAUCCGACUAUGAAAAUUGAAUGGUUCCUAAACAAUAAACCUUUGCCGACCGGUGCUAGAUUUAAGAGCACCUAUGAUUUUGGUUACGUAGCUUUGGAUUUGACUCAUGCUUAUGAAGAAGAUUCUGGAGUAAUUACCGUUAAAGCUACAAAUUCAAAAGGAACUGCACAGACAUCUGGUACUUUAAAAUGCACCAGUAAACAAAAUAUUUAUCUUCAAACGCAACAUCCACAAGGAGAAGUCGGACUUGAAAAAGUUAAGGAAGCUGAAGAUGCUUAUUUAUCGAAAUACAAGAGACCAGAAGAAGCUCCUGAACAUGAAUAUCCUAAACCAAUUUGGACGGUACCUCUUAGGCCUGAAUUUAAAUUAGGAGAAUCUGAACCGUUACAUUUAGAAGGUCAAGUCGAGCCAAAGGAUGAUCCCAAUUUAAAGAUCGAUUGGUACUUCAAUGGAAAACCUUUAGAACAUGGUUCACGCUUCAAAAUGACUUGUGAUUUCGGAUUUGUCACUUUGGACUUAACGGACGUUUAUGAGCGUGACUCUGGUAUUUACACUUGCAAGGCCUAUAAUAAAGCAGGCGAAGCUUUUACUUCAACAACAGUUUAUUGUUCCAUAAAGGAAAAUAUUAUCGAAAAGUCACAGCAUCCUAAAGGUAAGGAAGGUCUCGAAGCAAUCCAAGAUCUAGAGGAAUCUUUGAAACAACAAGAAGGAAUUUCUCCAAGAGAAGAAGAAGGUCAACCACCAAUGUUUACAUCACAAUUUGAAAAUCUAACCAAUCUUUCGGAAGGAGAAAUCGCUCAUUUUGAAGCAUCUCUUAUUCCUACUGGUGAUCAAACUAUGGUGGUUGAAUGGUUUUAUAAUGGCAAAUCUUUAGAAGCUAGUCAUCGCACAAGAACUGUUUAUGCUUUCGGCAUGGUUGUUCUUGAAGUUCUUGGCACUAAAAUAGAAGAUUCGGGUAUUUAUACUUGCAGAGCUACUAACAAAUGGGGUACAGCAGAAAUUAGCGUGCAACUAGAAUGCAUUGACAAGUCCAAAGGACAAAAGCCUAAAUUCACAACACAAAUUCAAUCUUUGGAAGGUUUAAAGGAUGGCCAAUCCGUUCACUUUGAGUGUACUUUAAUUCCAGUAGGUGAUCCUAAUAUGAAAGUCGAGUGGUUUCACAAUGGAAAGCCUCUACGACAUUCGUCACGUUUCAAGAUGGUUUCUGACUUUGGGUUCGUAGUUAUGGAUAUUGCCGGUGUAAUGUCUCAUGACAGUGGAGAAUAUGUUUGCAAAGCUAGCAAUAAAUAUGGUGAAGAUUAUACAAAAGCCACGAUUAAAUGCUUUGGCAAGAGUGGAGUUUACUUAGAUUCUCUGCAACCAGACUCGCUCGCUAGAAUCCGAGAGCUCGAAAGUUAUACCGGAGAACAAGCACUUAUGCCUACGACUCCUGUCGCUGAGGCACCAAAAUUUAUUACGCAGAUCGUUGAUAUUACAAAACUAGUAGAAGGGCAGUCGGCCCACUUUGAGGCCAGAUUAACUCCGGUGAAUGAUCCAGAUUUGAAAGUUGAGUGGUAUUACAAUGGCAAGAAGCUUCCUCAUGGCCAUCGAUAUCGUACCUUCCAUGAUUUUGGUAUUGUUAUUCUAGACAUACUGUAUUGUUAUGAAGAAAAUUCCGGAGUUUACGAAUGUAGGGCCGUUAACAAGUAUGGCGAAGAUUCUACAAGAGCAACGCUCAAAUGUUUCUCCAAAGCUAAUCUCAUUUUGGAAUCGCAACUUCCGAAGGGCAUGGAAGGUGGCCUUGAAAAAAUCCAAAAUCUUGAAGAUUCGAUGAUACGUACAAAGGACGAAAAGGUUGUAGAAGAACGUGGCAAGGCUCCUAUGUUUACUGUACCUUUGAGUAACAUUGAUGAUCUACGUGAAGGCGAAAGUGCGCAUUUUGAGGCACGAGUAAUUCCUACGGACGAUCCAAAAUUAAAGGUCGAAUGGUUUUGGAAUGGUAAACCAUUGCGAACAGGAUCUCGCUUUCGCACUUUUUGUGAUUUUGGUUUCGUCAUUUUGGAAAUCUCUCCUAUCUAUCCCGAAGACUCCGGCGAAUAUAGUUGUAGAGCAACAAAUGAUUACGGUGAAGCAGUGACAACGUGUACGAUGAUAUGUACAGGCAAACGUAGUAUUAUUUUAGAAUCUCAGUUACCCAAAGGUAUGGAGAGUACAAUUGAUAAAAUUGCCGAAUUAGAAGGUCUUGGAGCUGUUCCGGGUCAGAUUAGUCCUGAAGAUGAUACUGGUAGACCACCAGAAUUUAUCACAACUCCUUCUGACUUAACUUUGACUGAAAAUUCUCUUGCUCACUUUGAAUGUCGGCUACAACCAAUUAACGAUUCCAGUAUGAGAGUCGAAUGGUUUCAUAACGGCAAGCCUCUUCUUGCCGGUAGUAGAGUCAAAACAAUUCAUGACUUUGGUUUUGUCAUUCUAGAAGUUGCAAAUUGUUAUCAACGCGAUUCUGGUUUAUAUACCUGUAAAGCCACUAAUCGUCAUGGCGAAGCCACAGUAUCGUGUAAGCUUCAAAUUCGCGGACGUCAAGGUAUCAUUCUAGAACCUCAAUUACCAAGUAAUUUUAAAACUGGUACGGAAAGCAUUCAGAAAUUGGAAGAGUCUUUAUAUAAAAAAGACGAAAUAUUAGCAGAGGAAGAAGCACCAAAUCCACCAAGAUUCAUUGUUGAACUUAAAAAUAUUGAAGUUGAAGAAGGUGGACCAAGUCAUUUUGAUUGUAGAGUCGAACCUGUAGGUGAUUCUACUAUGCGUAUCGAUUGGUUCCACAAUGGACGACCUUUCGCAACAGGUUCUCGAGUUCACCAAAUUAAUGAUUUUGGAUUCAUAUCAUUGGAUAUGUCGUACACGUAUGCACGAGACAGCGGCGAAUAUGUUUGCAGAGCUACCAACAAGUGGGGCACUGCUACUACUAAGGCUACCAUUACUUGCAAAUCUAAAAAAACGAUAGACUUUGAUUCUCAAUUACCAAUGGGAAUGAGCGGCGAAAAAUUAAAAGAACUAGAACGAGGACCGAUUUCUCAAGCUCCUGUGGAAGAAAUACCGCGAGAACCGCCUCAUUUUAUCACGCAAAUUCAAUCGGUAACCAUCGAUGAAGGUGAAUCAAUUAGAUUCGAAUGCCGUGUAGAACCCAAAGAAGAUCCAAAUCUACGCAUCGAAUGGUACAGAAAUGAUAAACUGAUACCUGCUGGACACAGAUAUCGAACGGUAUAUGAUAUGGGAUUUGUGUCGAUGGAUAUAUUGUAUGUCUAUCCCGAAGAUUCUGGUGAAUACGUUUGCAAAGCGAUCAACGAUCUUGGAGAAGAUACUACUCGAGCUGCUGUAUCUUGCAAAAAAUUACCGAGCAUAAUUUUACAAAAUCAAGUACCAAAAGGUAUGAAAAAAUCUGAAGCGUUGAUGCAGAUGGAAGCAACAAUUAAAAAAUAUACUUCGGAAAUUCAUUUAACCGAAGACGAUUUAUAUGAUGCGGAUAAGAAGCAACCGCCUCGUUUCGUCACACAAAUUCAAGAUCAGACUAAUCUUAUUGAAAUGAAUAGUACUAAGUUCGAAUGUCAAUUGGCACCGGUGGGUGAUCCAAAUAUGAAAGUUGAAUGGUUCUUUAAUGGGAAACCGUUACCACAUAAGAAUCGGUUUACCCCUAUUUACGACUUUGGCUACGUAGCGAUGAACUUUGGUUGGGUCUACCCAGAAGAUAGUGGCGAGUAUCUAUGUAGAGCUACAAAUCUUUAUGGAAUGGAUGAAACCAGAGCUAUAAUCAAAACUACGGGGAAACCAGGAAUUAUCUACGAGUCUCAACUUCCAAAAGGCAUGAAAAGCAUUGAGAAGAUUAGAGAAAUGGAAGCAGCAUGGCAAAUCGUACCCGAAGAGGAAAGUGAAGAAGAAAAAGUACGCUCGGCACCUGUUUUCGUGAGCAAACCGGAACCGAUAACCGUCGAAGAUGGUGAUUGGUCUAGAUUCUGUUGUCGAGUCACUGGACACCCAAGGCCUCGUGUUAUGUGGAUAAUCAAUGGACAUACGAUAGUCAAUGGAUCUCGUUAUAAACUAACUUAUGACGGCAUGUACCAUCUAGAUAUACCAAAGACUAGACAAUAUGAUCACGGUAAGGUGGAAAUAAUUGCAAGAAACUCUGUUGGUGAAGCACGUACGGAAACGACUCUAACAGUCAAGCAACGGAGCGACGAUUAUCGUGGUGUAUUGAAAAAUUCACCAAGACCUUGGUACGAUUAUGGGUUAACACAAUACCAGACCGAGCGUCAAAACACAGAAUUGGAGCGUAUAUUUGAUGAACGUCAUCAAAGUGUUUCCCAAGGAAUCGAAAUUGCCACGGAGCAUCUUGGCUCUAAAGUUAUCAAAGAACCUGAAACUGAAUGGCAAAAAUCCGUCAAGAGUAAGAAAAAUGAAGAUUAUUACAACAAGUUGAUGAAUCUAGAAGAGGACCAAAUGCUCAAAGAGACCAGAUUGAGAGAAGUUUCGCAUCAGUUCGCUAUUCCCGGUGAUAAAAUUGUUGCACAUUCCUUAGCAAAAGGAAUGGCACAAAAGUAUGAAGAAAGUUUGGAGGAGCAACCUCAGCCAGAACCAACACAAUCACCUCCAAAAUACGUAAAAAAACCGUUUGUUACCGAAGUAGAUAUUGACACAGAACGCGUUAAAGCCACUGGAAAAUAUCCUCCUGAACCAUCUGAAUCCACAAUUCAUGGUCGCGAAGUUCAUAUUGCAAAACAAAAACAGACACAAAAGGAAGUCAAAGAUGACGUAGAAAUAACAAGAAAAAUUACAGCAACAGAGACUACAGAAGUUGAACACAAAGCAAAGACGCAAGAACGCAUGGUGCAAGGUCAAAUUAAACCUUCCAAACCGCCAAUUUUCACGAAGAAGAUUCAACCUUGUAGAGCAUUUGAACAAGAACAGGCUAAAUUUGAGGUUGAAUUCGAUGGCGAUCCGCUUCCGACUAUCAAAUGGUAUCGCGAAGAUUUUCCUAUACAAAAUUCAGCCGAUCUUCAAAUUUAUACGUUCAGCACCAAAUCGGUAUUAAUUAUUAGACAAGUUUUUAUGGAAGAUUCCGGUGUCUUUUCUGUUAUUGCUGAGAAUAGAGGAGGAAAAGCUAAAUGUAGUGCCAAUUUAGUCGUGGAGGAACGUAGAAGGCAACCUGGUCGAGGUGGUGCGGUACCACCCAGCUUCUUAUCCACAAUCCAAUCUACUUCUAUUGCUGCUGGACAACUCGCUAGAUUUGAUGCAAAAAUUACCGGCACUAAACCUCUAGAUGUUUAUUGGCUCAAGAACGGUAAAAAGAUAACGGCAGAUAUUCGUUAUAAAACUUUGGAAGAAGAUAACAUUUAUACACUUUUAAUUCUGGAGACAGUACCGGAAGACACUAGCAAAUACGAAUGUGUUGCUAUUAACAGUGCCGGAGAGGCGCGUUGCGAAGCAGAAUGCACUGUGCACGGACCUCCAACAAAGGUUACAAAACCUACAACGCCAACAAUAGAAAAAGCUCCAACCAUUUUAGAACCAUUAAAGGAUCAAAUUAUUAAGGAAGGAACUUCCGUCGCUUUUGCUUGCAGGAUCAUAGGAAAACCUACUCCUACUAUACAAUGGAAGAAAGCUGAUAAGAUAAUUAAACCAUCAAAGUACUUUCAAAUGCAAAAAGAAGGCGAUUUUUGUACUCUGAGGAUUUCUGAAGCCUUUCCCGAAGACGAAGGUGUUUAUAAAUGCAUUGCUAAAAACCCUGCUGGUGAGAUCACGACGUCUGCCAAACUCAGAGUUCUUGCGCCUGACACAACUGAUAUCUUGCCAAAGUUAACACCUUUAAAGGAUCAAAUAGUAGUAGAAGGACAACCAGCUCAAUUUAAGACUCAAGUGACUCCAGCAAAGCCUAAACCAACGAUUCAGUGGUAUCGAGAGGGUGCCUUGAUCCCUCAAUCGCCCGACUUCCAAAUGAUUCAUGAAGGCAACAAUGCGGUGCUGCUGAUAGCAACCACUUAUGAGGAGGAUACUGGCACCUUCACUUGUCGCGCCACAACCUCAGCCGGUACUGUAGAAACAUCCGCCAAACUCAUCGUCAAAAAGAGAAAAGAACUUCAUUAUGCAGUUCCGACGGAAACAGACGCUAAUAUUGAAGAUGCAAAAUUUCAUCAAGAUGUGAAGAAAGAUAUAACUUUGCUAUCUCCAACUCUCGACAAAAAUAAUUUACUUGAAGUACAACUUCAAUCUGGUGAUGAAUUGCUAUCUUGGCGAAAAGGACGGAUUCAGCCUCAAGCUCAUAUUCGCGAUUCACUUCCAUGGCGGAAGAUACGAACAAAAUCGAGAGAUUCUUCAUUAGAUAAGCUUCAAGAUUUUGAAAGCCAAAUAAAACCAUGGACUGAAGAAGAAAUAAUUUUGAAGAAAGCUCCUCUUAUUACCAAGAAUGUAACGACAGAAAAACUAGAAAAAGUUGAGUUGAAACCGACAAAAAUUGAAAAGGAUACCUACGAGUCCGGUCCAGAAGUAAACAAAUUGAAAUCCGUGCCUAAAGAGGCAACAAGAGUUAUAACAAAUAAAGAAUAUAAAAGCGAUGAUACUGCGACUGAAUUUCAUAGAAAACAGGAUAUUACUCUGUCAAAAACGUUACGUCGUUCUCAUGAAACUGUAUUAAAGAAAGAGAAAUGUGAGCAACCAAAAUCAUGGACGGAAGAGCAAAUUAGCUUAAAGAAAAUAGAAUCAAAGGCAAAAAUAACUACCAAAAUAGAUGAAAAGAAAAUUGAUUUUCUCGAACAAGAGGAUAUUUCUUUGCUUACAGUUUCAAAAGAUGAAGAAAUACAAAAGGCAAAAAAAGAAAAGCUUGUUGCGGAAAAAGAAAAACAAUCUAAACCUUGGAUGGAGGAAAACAUUGCUACUUUGAAGAAAACAAAACCGGAAAAAAAGGAAAUACCUAAGGAAACGCUCAAAACCGUUGCAUUGAAACCUUCACACGUAAUAGAAAAAGAUCUCGUUAAGUCAACUAUAGAUAAAACAGAUUUAAAACUAAUUUCAAAAGAAGAAGUUGAAACAAUUUCAGCAGAAGAAGUUACGCGGAUCGAUGAUUCUACGGAGAAAAAAGCGAGAAAAGUAAGCAAAGACAUGGAUAAAAUAAUUAUAGAUAGAGCAGAUAAAACAAAACCAUGGACGGAAGAAAAAAUUAUUUUGAAAAAAUCUAAACUUGUUCCCUCAAAAAUUGAAAAAGAAGCAAUAGAAACAGUAGAACUAAAAUCGUCAAAAUUCAUUAAAUCAGUAUCCCAAAAACAAAGUUUGGAAAAAAUAGAUUUAAAACCUGAUAUAGAAAGAAAAAUAAAUAGCGAAAUCACUAGGGUCGAAUAUGCUGAACAAAAAGACACCACAUUACUUCAAGUCUCAAAUAAGAUUAAUGACGAUAUUAAGUCAAAACCGAGCACAAAAAUACCAUUUGUGGAAACGGAAGAUAUUACAAUACUCGGCAUUGACAAAACCGACAAUAUAACUGAGAAAACUAAAAAAGAAAUACCGUGGGUUAGAGGCAAAAAAGCAGAGGAAAAAUCAGAAAUUCUACCAGAAAAAAUUCAUGACAUUAUUAACAGAAACAUAAUAACUGAAAAAACCGAAGUACCAUGGAGAUGUAAAAAGAAAUCAAUACAAACUGAGCAGAAAUCUGAAGAUGUAUACUUAAAAGCCAGUAAAAAAUUGAAAACAUCCGAGGAAGAAGAAUCAAAAGAAAAAAUUAUUCUAAAACCAGUAGAACAAAAAACAGCUGAAGACAAACCGGAAGAGGUUCAAUUGACUUUGGGAAGAAAAAUAGAAAAACCUGGAGAACCAAAAUCCGAACAAGUUGUUUUAAAACCAAUUAAAAAGCUUCCUAAAGAAAUAGAAUUAAAGAAAGAUAUCACAUUAAAACCAGUAAAAAAGGAAAUAGUUGAAGAGAAAGUAGAAAAGGUUUGUUUGAAGCCAGUGAGAAAAAUAGAGAAACCAGAAGAACCGAAACCUGAGCAAAUUUUAUUAAAACCAGUUAGAAAGCUUCCUAAAGAGGGAGAAUCAAAGGAAGAAGUCACAUUGAAACCAGUAGAAAAAGAAAAAGUUGAAGUGAAACCAGAAGAGGUUCGUUUGAAGCCAGAGAGAAAAAUUGAGAAACCAGAAGAACCGAAACCUGAGCAAAUUUUAUUAAAACCAGUUAAAAAGCUUCCUAAAGAGGAAGAAUCAAAGGAAGAAGUCACAUUGAAACCAGUAGAAAAGGAAAAAGUUGGACUGAAACCAGAGGAGGUUCGUUUGAAGCCAGUGAGAAGAAUAGAGAAAGCAGAAGAACCGAAACCUGAGCAGAUUUUAUUAAAACCAGUUAGAAAGCUUCCUAAAGAGGGAGAAUCAAAGGAAGAAGUCACAUUGAAACCAGUAGAAAAAGAAAAAGUUGAAGUGAAACCAGAAGAGAUUCGUUUGAAGCCAGAGAGAAAAAUUGAGAAACCAGAAGAACCGAAACCUGAGCAAAUUUUAUUAAAACCAGUUAAAAAGCUUCCUAAAGAGGAAGAAUCAAAGGAAGAAGUCACAUUGAAACCAGUAGAAAAGGAAAAAGUUGGACUGAAACCAGAGGAGGUUCGUUUGAAGCCAGUGAGAAGAAUAGAGAAAGCAGAAGAACCGAAACCUGAGCAGAUUUUAUUAAAACCAGUUAGAAAGCUUCCUAAAGAGGGAGAAUCAAAAGAAGAAGUCACAUUGAAACCGGUAGAAAAGGAAAAAGUUGAAGUGAGACCAGAAGAGGUUCGUUUGAAGCCAAUGAGAAAGAUAGAGAAACCAGAAGAACCGAAACCUGAGCAAAUUUUAUUAAAACCAGUUAGAAAACUUCCUAAAAAGGAAGAAUUAAAAGAAGAAGUCACAUUGAAAUCAAUAGAAAAGGAAGAAGUUGAAAUGAAACCGGAGGAGGUUUGUUUGAAGUCAGUAAGAAAAAUAGAGAAACCAGAAGAACCGAAACCUGAGCAGAUUUUAUUAAAACCAGUUAGAAAGCUUCCUAAAGAGGAAAAAUCAAAGGAAGAAGUCACAUUGAAACCAGUAGAAAAGGAAAAAGUUGAAGUGAAACCGGAAGAGGUUCGUUUGAAGCCAGUGAGAAAAAUAGAGAAACCAGAAGAACCGAAACCCGAGCAGAUUUUAUUAAAACCGGUUAGAAAGCUUGCUAAAAAGGAAGAAUUAAAAGACGAAGUCACAUUGAAACCAAUAGAAAAGGAAAAAGUUGAAAUGAAACCGGAGGAGGUUCGUUUGAAGCCAGUAAGAAAAAUAGAGAAACCAGAAGAACCGAAACCUGAGCAGAUUUCAUUAAAACCAGUUAGAAAGCUUCCUAAAGAAGAAAAACCAAAGAAAGAAGUCACAUUAAAACCAGUAGAAAAGGAAAAAGUUGAAGUGAAACCGGAAGAGGUUCGUUUGAAGCCAGUGAGAAAAAUAGAGAAACCAGAAAAACCGAAACCUGAGCAGAUUUUAUUAAAACCAGUUAGAAAGCUUCCUGAAGAGGAAGACUCAAAGGAAAAAGUCACAUUGAAACCAGUAGAGAAGGAAAAAGUUGAAGUGAAACCGGAAGAGGUUCGUUUGAAGCCAGUGAGAAAAAUAGAGGAACCAGAGAAACCGAAACCCGAGCAGAUUUUAUUAAAACCAGUUAGAAAACUUUCUAAAGAGGAAGAAUCAAAGGAAGAAGUUACAUUAAAACCAGUAGAAAAGAAAAAAGUUGAAGUGAAACCAGAGGAGGUUCGUUUGAGGCCAGUGAAAAAAAUAGAGGAACCAGAAGAACCGAAACUUGAGCAGAUUUUAUUAAAACCAGUUAGAAAGCUUCCUAAAGAGGAAGAAUCAAAGGAAGAAGUUACAUUGAAACCAGUAGAGAAAGAAAAAGUUGAAGUGAAACCGGAAGAGGUUCGUUUGAAGCCAGUGAGAAAAUCAGAGAAACCAGAGGAACCAAAACCCGAGCAGAUUUCAUUAAAACCAGUUGGAAAGCUUCCUAAAGAGGAAGAAUCAAAGGAAGAAGUCACAUUAAAACCAGUAGAAAAGGAAAAAGUUGAAGUGAAACCAGAGGAGGUUUGUUUGAAGCCAGUGAGAGAAAUAGAGGAACCAGAAGAACCAAAACCUGAGCAGAUUUUAUUAAAACCAGUUAAAAAGCUUCCUAAAGAGGAAGAAUCAAAGGAAAAAGUCACAUUGAAACCAGUAGAGAAGGAAAAAGUUGAAGUGAAACCGGAAGAGGUUCGUUUGAAGCCAGUGAGAAAAGCAGAGAAACCAGAGGAACCGAAACCCGAGCAGAUUUCAUUAAAACCAGUUAGAAAGCUUCCUAAAGAGGAAGAAUCAAAGGAAGAAGUCACAUUAAAACCAGUAGAAAAGGAAAAAGUUGAAGUGAAACCGGAAGAGGUUCGUUUGAAGCCAGUGAGAAAAAUAGAGGAACCAGAGGAACCAAAACCCGAGCAGAUUUUAUUAAAACCACUUAGAAAACUUCCUAAAGAGGAAGAAUCAAAGGAAGAAGUUACAUUAAAACCAGUAGAAAAGAAAAAAGUUGAAGUGAAACCAGAGGAGGUUCGUUUGAAGCCAGUGAAAAAAAUAGAGGAACCAGAAGAACCGAAACUUGAGCAGAUUUUAUUAAAACCAGUUAGAAAGCUUCCUAAAGAGGAAGAAUCAAAGGAAGAAGUCACAUUGAAACCAGUAGAGAAAGAAAAAGUUGAAGUGAAACCGGAAGAGGUUUGUUUGAAGCCAGUGAGAAAAGCAGAGAAACCAGAGGAACCGAAACCCGAGCAGAUUUCAUUAAAACCAGUUAGAAAGCUUCCUAAAGAGGAAGAAUCAAAGGAAGAAGUCACAUUAAAACCAGUAGAAAAGGAAAAAGUUGAAGUGAAACCAGAGGAGGUUCGUUUGAAGCCAGUGAGAGAAAUAGAGGAACCAGAAGAACCGAAACCUGAGCAGAUUUUAUUAAAACCAGUUAGAAAGCUUCCUAAAGAGGAAGAAUCAAAGGAAGAAGUCACAUUGAAACCAGUAGAGAAAGAAAAAGUUGAAGUGAAACCGGAAGAGGUUCGUUUGAAGCCAGUGAGAAAAGCAGAGAAACCAGAGGAACCGAAACCCGAGCAGAUUUUAUUAAAACCAGUUAGAAAGUUUCCUAAAAAAGAAGAGUCAAAGGAAGAAGUCACAUUGCAACCAGUAGAGAAGGAAAAAGUUGAAGUGAAACCGGAGGAUAUAUGUUUUAAACCAGUGAGAAAAAUUGAGAAACCAGAAGAACCGAAACCUGAGCAAAUUUUAUUAAAACCAGUUAAAAAGCUUCCUGAAGAUAAAGAAUCAAAAACAGAAGUCAUAUUGAAACCUGCAGAAAAGGAGAAAGUUGAAGAGAAACCGGAAGAGGUUCGAUUAAAGCCAAUGAGAAGAAUAAAGAAACCAGAAGAACCGAAAUCUGAGCAAAUUGUAUUAAAACCAGUUAGGAAAUUUUAUAAUGAAGAAGAAUCAAAGAAUGAAAUGACUUUAAAAUUAGUUGCAAAAGAUGAAGUUAAAGAAAAAGCAGAAGAAGUUCAAUUAAAACCAAUGAAAAAGGUAGACACACCCGGUAAAUCAAAACCGGAAAAUAUUUCAUUAAAAUCCGAAAGAUAUGUCCCAAGAAAAAAAAUGACAAAGGAAGAAAUUAUGUUAGAAUCAAUAGAAAAGAAAGAAUCCUCUGAAAUUAAUUUGUCACCAGUACCUAAAACGGUGACAGGAAUGAUAGAUGUUAAACCUAUUGAGGAGAAGCCAACAGAGAUAACCGAAACUUCUUGGCGGCGUAAACGAACAAAGAAGGUCGUUGAUUUCAGGGAGGAAGUUACAGUAGUGCCUAUCGAUCAAGAAGAAUCUGUUACAGAGGUUUGUGAAGAAAGAGAGACAAUGGUAAUUGCCACCAAGGGUACUGAAGAUCAAGCUGCAAGAAAGAUAGAAUCUAUGUCAUUGCCUAAUGAAGAUAAGACCGAAGAAGUAAUUGCAAUAAAUGAAAUUUUAUGGAGAAAGAAGAUACAAGAAAGUUCAAACAUGGAAGAAGAAAAAGAAAUAGUUAUGUUAAAACCCAUUGAAAAAGUAGUAGAAUUAGAGUCAAAAAUUGAAUCAUCCAAAAUACAUGCGUUAGUUCCCGUAAAAGAUGAGAAAUUAUCUAAGGAAGUUGAAGUAAAAUUAAUAGGUAAAGAAAAAAUGACGGAUGAAGAAUUUACGGAGGAAGAUAAUGUUAUUGAACUGAAAUCUGAACAGAUUGCGGAACAAGUUGCAAAAGAAAUCGAGAAAGUCAUUAUUGAAUCAGACACAAAAUCUGAAGUAAAAGGAAAAGUACUCGAAGAAAUCACUUCUAAUAUUAUUGAAAAAGAAAUUGUAGAAAAUAUCAAAUUACAAGAUGAGACAGAUAUUACGCAAGUGGAAGACCGUAAGAGAAAACGCAAGCGACGUCAGGUUGACAUAACAAUUACAGAUAAAGAUAAAACUGUUGCUCCAAGAUUUAUUCAAAAGUUACAACCUGUUAUCGCUGAGUUAGAAAAAUCUGCUAAAUUUACGUGUACUAUCAUAGGAAAUCCAUUUCCUGAAAUUUCUUGGUACAAAAAUGAACAAGAACUCCAUGCAAGCGAAAAGUAUACCAUGACUAUAUUUGAGACAACGGCAACCUUAGAAAUAACAAAAAUUAAAGAAAAAGAUGCUGGAAUGUAUUCUUGUAGAGCAUCUAAUCCAGCUGGCGUAGCAACAUCCACUGUCAAUCUUGUGAUAUUUGAAAAAGAAGAACAGGGCGUAGCACCACAUUUUUCAACGCCGAUUAAACCGCUAAUGAUUGAAGAGCAUACUCCUGCUUUAUUAGAAUGCGCUGUAACUGGUAUGCCAAUACCUGAAGUGAAAUGGUAUCGUGGUGAGAAAGAACUAAAACCAAAUGAAAGAAUCGAGAUAGCUUUUAAUCCAACUACUGGAGAAGCUAAAUUAAAAAUUUUAGAACCAAUAUCCGAAGACGAAACGAUUUAUCGCGUUCAUGCUAUAAAUAAAUACGGCCACGCUGAAUGCAGAGCUAAUUUAGUAAUCAAUAACAUCAUUAAAGAAAGCAAACCAGUUAUUCUUAAAGCACCGCGAAUUACAUUACCUUUGCCUGCACUGAUAGCUGAAUGCGGAAAACCUUUGAAGCUUAUAGCUGAUUUUGAAGGCAUACCAAAACCGGAAAUUAAAUGGUUCCGCAAUGGUAUUGAAAUUACACCGAGUAACAGAUGCAAGAUAAAUAUUUCUGAAAGUACAUCCGAAUUAAAUAUAACAGAAAUAACAAACAAAGAUAGCGGCAAAUAUGAGAUAAGAGUUCAAAAUGAAGCUGGUGAAGCAAGAAGCUCGAGUUCCGUUAUCGUUAAAGAACGCAAAGAUUCUACGAGCAAUGUAAUAGCACCAAUGUUUGUGAAACCUAUUCAGCCUCAAUUUGUUGCAGAAGGAGAAGUUGUUAUUAUGGAAGCACGAGUAGAAUCAUAUCCAGCAGCAUCCUUUCAAUGGUUUUAUGAAAGCAAACCUCUUGAGUCGACACCACAGGUAAGAAUCGUAACUCAAGAGAAUCGAUCGAUCUUAAUGGUGAAAGAAACCACAUCAGAACUUGCUGGUAAUUACACAUGUCGUGCUGAGAACGUUAGUGGCUCAGUCUCUUGUACGGCCACUGUUAACGUAACGGAUAUAACAUGGGAAAAGGCAAUUGAAUUAAUUUCACCAACGUUUAUUAAGAGAUUGUCACCCAUAAAAGUUAUGGAUGGUGAAAGUGUCAAUUUAACCUGCGUUGUUGAAGGAAAACCAACACCCAGAGUAGAAUGGUAUCAUAAUAAUGUGCCAGUUAAAGAAGGCAAAGAAAUUACAAUUGUUCAGGAUAUAGAGGGUAUUUGCAGCUUAGCUAUUACCGAAGUAUUCCCAGAAGAUGCUGGAGAGUAUACUUGUCGUGCUGUAAAUUUUGUUGGAGAAGCUGUCUGCACGUCAUCGCUCAUUGUUGAAGCGUACGAGUAUGUGCCUGAUUCAGAAAUUGCAUCUUCAAUUGUCGCAACAUCACUUACCACAGGACCAAGCGAAUCGGAAGAAGAUCUUUUAUCUCCGAAAGAAAUUCCUAUCUUCGACACUGAUGUAGAAGAAUCCGUACCAGAGAUAAUUAAAAAGCUUCCUCAGUUAAUUCCUACCAAAGAUGGGGAAUUAACUAGAUUGGAAGUAAAAGUAAAAGGCAAACCAAAACCAAAAGGAAAAUGGUAUAAACAAGGCGUGGAAAUAAUCUCAUCACAAGAAUUCCAAAUUGAGGAUUAUGAAGAUGGUACAUCAGUAUUAACAAUCGCCGAAACUUUCCCUGAUGAUACUGGUGAGAUCACAUUCGAAGCUCACAAUCCUCUUGGUGUAUCAACUACAACGACAUAUUUAUCAGUAGAAGGUAUACUCGGAACAAAAGAAUAUAGAAAACCAAAGUGGGUCACACAAAUGGAAGAAAUGCAAAAGGCUUUAAGAGCUACACAAGCUGUUCCACGAUUUAUUCAAGAAAUAACGGAUGUUUAUGUAAAAGAAGGAGAAACUGCUUUGUUUGAAUGUGUUUUUUCUGGUAACCCCAAACCAGAUGUUGUUUGGUAUAAGAAUGAUAAACUUAUAAUGAAUACGGAGAAUGUAAAAGUACGUAUAUUUGAGGAAGAAAAUAAAACUACUCUAACGGUUAAGCAAACUACCAGAGAGGAUGAUGCCACAUAUGUUUGCAAAGCUACUAAUGAAAUUGGUAUGAUAAUAACGAAAGCCAAACUGCAUAUUGAUACUACUAGCGAAACACGGCCAAUGUCGGACGAUAUAAUUAAAAAGGAAGAAAAAACUAAAAUGGAUAUAAAGUCGAGAAAACUACAAGAGAAACCACAUAAAAAGAAGAAACCCGAACUAAAGAAAGCAAAAGAGAUGAAAGAGGCAAUCAAAUCUGAACGUAUCAAAAUUGAAAAAGAAAAAAUCCUUGAAGAAAAGCUUAUUCCAAAGGAUCAGAUAGAGGAAAAAAGAAUUGUCGAUAUUAAAGAAACUCAACUAUUAGAAACUACAAAGUUUAUAGACGAUAAAUCCGAGGAGAUUUCUAAAGCACAAAAAAUACUACCGAUUCAAGAACCAAUUGUGACCGAAAUAACACCUUUCUUAAAAAAAAUUGACGAUCAGAAAUCACGAGAACAUAUACCCAAAAUCGAAGAACGUGCCAAACAAAUUGUCGAAGAGCGAGAAAGUGUCGUCGUGUCAGAAAUCACAAGUGACGAUAUUGUUUCUAAUUUUACAAUCGAAAUGAAGCUUGAUCAUGCUCAAGUUACUUCAGAAUCUUUACAGAAAGUUUCAGUCUCCGAAGCACAAGUAAGAACUAAUGUGCAAGAAACGAAGCAUACAGAGACAAAGCAAAAAAAAGUGAAGAAAAUAAAAACAGAAAAAGUUAAAGAAGAUAUUAUAAAAGAGAUUGUGGAACUGCAAAAAGAAAACAUAGCUCGGGAAGUUGAUGAAAUGAUGGAAGUACUUGAUGCAAAAGAGUUUGGCGCAGGAGAAUCUCCUCUUCGAGAACUCGCAACAAUUGGCUACUUGGUUCGACAAGGUGUUUCCGUAAACGAGAUCAACGAAUGCCUUUACAGGACUGAGAUCUUUCCCGCUCUAAAAACACCCGAUGCUCAGAAUGCUUUGGUUCAAUUAGUAGAAAGAAAGGGCCACGGUCCGUUAAUUACCCAAGUACUUAGCGAAGAGACAACUACUGAUGAAAGCUUUGUUGCAGCAACAGUCGGUUUUCGUGCUUUUAUGAGAAUGGUUGAGCUUCAGCAUGCAACCGUGGAAGAAGUCAUUACACAUUUUGCUCCGGAAGAUUUCAGGCCACAUGCUUGGGAAGUUACAGAAAUUUCAGAGGUUGAAACAGAGCAACAUGCUAUGGAAAGAGCAAAUGUCGUUCACAAAAUGGAAGUUCAGUUUAUGAAGAGGAAGAGCGAAAGGGAAGCUACUCAUGUACAGGAUAUUCGAGAAAUUAAAGAAUACGAGGAUACACGGCAGGCACACACAACAUUGCGCAAACGCAAAGAUAGAAAAUCAAGGGAUCAAAUCGAAGAUACAACACAAGAUAGGGAAGAGGGGGUUCAAUUUAUAAAAAUUGAGGAAGUUGAUGAAAUUGAAAAGGAAAGAAAAAAAGAAGGAAUUGAAGAAGAAGUUAUUGAACUUGAACGGGAUUCGAAGGGCAGAUUGAUUCGUAAGCAAAAACAAGAUGUGGAAAAACAAAUAAAUAUAAAGGAGGAGGAGGAGGAGGAGGAGAAGGAAACGAUUGAAAAGAUUAGAAAAGCUUUAAUACCAAAGAGAUCAAACACUGGUAAAGAUGAGAUACAAUUGGAAGAAAUAGAAGAAUUUGAAGUAGUGAAAGAUGAAUUAUUGCCAUCUAUAAUUUUGAACGUGUCUAGUCAACGAAAUCAAGUGAUGCCGUUAGAUCAUACAAUCGAACAAGCACCUGGCAAAUCUGAAUUGGAGAAAGCUAAAUACACAUUAGAUACUGUUAUUGCGCUAACAGAACAAAUGACAUCAGUACAUGAAAAAGAAAUUGAUCAAAUAGUAAGUAUUAAGCCUAUUGAACGUAAAGCGUCAAUAUCAAUCUCAUCAAUAGAACCAUAUUCUACCAUAGAAACUGCUACACAUAUAUCUACUAAUGAAUUCUCUGGAUCUUUCAAACCCGCUUUUUGUGAAGCUACACCUUCUGUAAUAAUAAAAGAAAGUCUUCUUAUCAGCGAAUUUGCUCAUAAUGAAAAUGUAUCAAAUCUAACACUGACUACAUCAGAAAUUAAUCAAAAAGCAGAUGUGCAGGUUACCAUGCAAGAGGCCACAACUAUUAGAGAGACUAUAAUUAAUCAAAGCGAAGUACCGACCGAAGAUUUUAUAACACCAUUAAGCGUUAAAGCGGAAGAUAUAUUCUUACCGCAAAUACCACUCUCCAUUUAUGAAAUACAGGAAGGUUUAGUGGAAGAUCAAUUAGAACCCGCAAAAACAAUCCUUACAAAAUCGCGAAUGAACAUCAAUGCAAUAGAACCGUUAAUAGUGGAAGAAAUUUAUUCCGAAGAUAAACCAGGAAAAUAUUAUCCAGAGUUGAUAGUACCUACUGAAGUUGCUACCGAAACGGUAAUUUCACAGCGACAAUGUGUUACUGAAGAGAUGAACGCACCCGAAAAAGAAGGAACAUAUAUACCAGGUAAAUUACCACCGAGUCAAACUGCCCAAAUUGGAAUCUCCUGUGAAAACGAAACGACUAUUAUUCGUCACGAUUUUGUGCAGGAACGUGAAGGCCAAUAUAUUCCCGAGCGAAAAGUAGAUUCCUUCGAAGCUACACCAAAUGUAACCCUUUUGGAAGGAGUCACAAUAUCAACAAUCGAUACUCAACAAAAAGAAAAUGAUUUAACAAUCCAGGAGAGCAAACAAGUCACAGCUAACUUAAAUGUUGUAGAAGUUAUAUCAGCUGUGAUGACAGAAACGAUGACUUCUGAAAAAGAACGAGAUUAUUACCCUGAAGAAAAGCCUACUGCUAAAUUGGCCGUUACGUCAAUCUCACCUUUGGAAAUUAGUUCUGUAGCAGAUACAAUUGUUCAAGAAUGUGAAGGAAUUUAUAGUUGCGAUCACACAGCAUCUGAAGUAAUAGCGGAAACAUCAGUCAGACCAAAGGAACACAUCUUAAUAUCUCAAAUUCAAACCGCAGACUAUCCUGCGGAUUUAAAAGACACCCUCAAAUAUGUUUCAGAAAGCGGCGUUAUAUCUAUUCAAUUAACUGAAGCGAAAACUGUUCUCGACACGCUCACCCACGAUCGAGAAGCUAGCAUGAAAGAAAAUGAAAAACCGGAAACUCAUACAAUCGAGACAGUCUACGAUGCUGUCAGUGGUAUUGAGAUAUCGCAAACUACUUUUAUAGAAAAAGAAGCAGAACUGAAAAUCUUUAAAAUGCCUGAAUCACACCGUGGCAAAACGGUACCUACUCAUCCAAUGAUCUCGUUUGAAGUUCAGGAAACUCAAGCUGAAAAUGAUUUAGGUGAAGUCACAAAAGAAGUCUUACCAAUUGCUACAGCUAAAAUUAAAGCAGUAAAUUUGCAAGAAACGAUCAUUGGCGAGACUGUUGCAGCGGAAGAUGUAGUUCCGGCGAAAAGGGAUAAGAGUCCCGAAAAAAUAACUGCCGUAAUUUCAAUGAACCAAACUGAAAGCUUGCACACCACAAUGAUCAUAACGGGUGAGAAAGAAACUGAAUAUCUUGGAACAACUGAUAUUAAAAGUGCAUGUGCAAAUACUAAAUAUAUGACGCAAUUGGCUCCAAUAUGCGAACAAGUAAGAACAGAAUCACCGACUGAAGAGUAUCUAGCGAUAGAUGAACCUGUGAGUGGAAAAGCAUAUUUAUCUCACGUUCCUAUAGAAACUAUCAGUAUUGUUAUGCAAGAAACCGCAGAAAAAGAAGACAUUUAUAAAGCGGAUAUAAAACCCGAAGGAAAAAUAGUAAAUAUUGAACUCACAGAAAUGAGGCCAGGUGCCAGCGUUCUAGAAAUAAUUCCACAUGAUCUCGAAAACAUUUACAAGCCGGAUACUGGACCACAGACUCAUACAGUUGAUUCGUCCAUAACCGGUCACACAAUUGCGUCAACAGAAGAGAUCUUAGUGGAACAAAGUGCUGGAAAGAUAAGCAGUGAUCUACCAAAAACAGGCAGAGCAAUAAUGCAACAAGAAACUCUGGAAGAACUGAUAGUAACUGAAACAAAUGUUGGCGAAAUGGAACGAAUUAGAGAUAAGGAAGCAAGUCCUGUUAAACAAAAUGUUACGAUUCAAGUAUGCGCUCAACCUGAAAAACUGACCGUCACUGAAGUAAUGACCGCAUUGAAGGAAGAAGAAUUAGCAAUAGAAAAAUUACCAGACAAACGAAGGGUUAUGUUAGACAUAACUGAAAGUCAUGAAAUAGCCGAAACACAAGAGUUGAUUCUUGCAAACAAUAUCAGUACAUUGAAAGAAAAAAAGCCGAAUCGGGAAAACGCUAACCAAUUGCAAAGUGGAUUAGACGUUGUACAACAAAUGGAAGUAUCUGUAUCUGAAAAAGAAUCUCCUUUAAAAACAGAUGUAAAACCUGAUAUGAAAAAAGUUGAUAUUACUUUCGAAGAAGGAGAAAGUUUGACAAUUGAAAUUACACAUCCCGAAGAUAAAGAAGAUGUACUUGAUGAAAAACAAGUGCCGAAAACAGUCGAAGCUACAAUAGACGUAGUAGCACAGAAUAUAGCAUCAAAAUUUGAGAUUAUUAGUGGUGUAACUUCAACUGAAUUAUGUACCAAACAUAUUCAAGAAAUACAUCCUAAAGCGACAUUAUUACCAUUUGAAACAGCUGUCGCUGAAGAAGUGCAAACAAGAGAAACUGAGAAGCCUUUUUCUCAUAUUCCAGCAUCAGAGAAGAAAGCUAAUUUUGAAUUUGUAAUGGGUGAAAGUCUUGUUAUCUCUUCUGUAACAACGGGUGACAAAGAAAGCAUGCUUACAGAAAUAGAAAAACCGCAAGCCAAAUCUAUUGUUUUUGAUAUUCCUACUCAUAUCGUGGCAGAAGCUGCUGAAGUAACCGCAACUGAUAAUGUCAGUGAACUAAUACGCGAAAAAACGAUUUCCGUAACGGCUACGACCGACCAUAUUACUUGUCACAGUAUUAUUACAUCCGAAAUGUCAACUGGUGACUCAGAACAGCUUAUGCUUGAUUUCAUCAAACCAGAUACAAAAAAAGUCGAUGUAUCGUUCGAAGAAGAAACAAGCGUAACAGUGAUUGAAACAAUUGCAUCUGACAAGGAGCAAGAGUAUUUAAAAAAACCGGUUAUUCCCGGUGAAAAAAUUACUACCAGCUUUGACGCUCAUAAAGUUGCUGAAUUCACUGAAGUUACGCCGGCCAUUUACCCAGGAGAACUUGAUAUAAAAACACUAGCAGUAGCAGCAGCGAAAAAGGAAUAUUUACCUUUUGAAAAUAUUAUUCAAAGCGAAACUAUUACAACAGAAAAAGAAAUAGAAUUUCAAAAGAAACCAAUCAAAACCGAUACAGCUCGAAUAUCCGUCAACGAGAUCACCAGUGCCACUAUGUCUACCGAAAUUUUAGGUGAAAAGGAAGAUACUCUCCGAAUUCCUGAAAGGCCUACAAAUAAAAAAGCUGAAAUUCAAUUUGCUGAACAUAUUAUUGCUGAGAAAAGCGAAGUUACUCCAGAUUACAAUACUGGAGAAUUGAUAGAAACAAACCCAACUUCUAUGUCAGCAAUAUUCUCAAGUAUUCCAUUAGAAGCAAUAGUAGCAACAGAAACUCAGCCGACGGAAACGGAGGCUAUACUUGGGAAAGAUAAAAUACCAUUCUUGGCUCAAGCUGAUCUUUCAAUGAUAAUGGAACAAAGUGUACAAAUAUCUUCGGUAAUUUUGGAAGAUAAAGAAAUGGAAUAUAAACAUAAAGAAAUACCAAAAGCAAAAACAGCAGAGAAAGUUUUAAUUGAAACUCAUGGUGUUGCCGAAACAACAAUGCAAACUGCUAAUUUUAGCACUGGCGAAAUGGUUGUUGACGAAACAUUAUUUGCUGCUGUCGCAGUUCCAGAUCACAUAGUUUUUAAUUCAUUAAUAGAAUCACAGCCUAUUAUUCAAGAAGGAGAAGAACACUUUACGCCAAUAUUAAUGCCGAAAAAUAAAGUUGUAAAUAUCGAUGUGGAAGAGGGCAAGACAAUCGCAAGUAUAGUACAUAUAACAUUAGCCGACAAAGAAACACUAUAUGAUGAAGAACAACCAUGUAAACACGCUGCUUCAUUCGACAUCAAUACUGUUCACAGUAUAGCAGAAACGACUGCCGUAGAUAUCGAACAAGCUAUAGGGGAAGUAACUAUCAAAAAACCAAACAUGGAAACGGUAUCAGCUGCACACGAAGUACAUCAAAGUCUUUUAGUAACUGAAAAUAUGAUUCAAGAUCAAGAGAAAUCUUUAGAAGAUAAACUCAUGCCCGAAAUACACAAAAUAGAAUUAUCUAUCGAAGACGGUAAGCGUGUUACAUCAGUUACAGAAAUUAAAAUGGCUGAUAAAGAAGCUCCCCUCGAAACGUUAGAGAAAAAAAGAUCUCACUUAGCACUCUCGAUUAUUGUUCCUGGCCAUGAAGUCGCCGAAAAAUCUGAAAUAAUUCCCAGUUCAAGUACAGAUGAAAUGUGUGAAAUUACAGCACCAACAAAAGUAACUGCGCUAAUUGGCCAAAAACCUUUCGAAACAGUGCAACUGCUCGAACAAGUCCUUGUGGAAAAAGAAAUAGACAAAGUUAAGAAAAUACCUUUGAAAAAAACAAACGCACGUAUUAUUUUAGAUGAAAAUAGAUUCGUCGCCAUUACAGAAUCUAUUAACGCUCAAGACGUUGAAAAGGAAUUUUCUACAAAGAAACUUCAUCAAGAGGCGGCAAAUCUUUUACUGGAAGGUAAAGAAGUAGCUGAACAAACGGAAAUUAACUUACGGGAAGGACUUGGAGAAUUACCUGUGGUAUUGAAACCGAUUGAACGUGAAGCAUAUAGAACACAAUCUAUUUUGGAAAGUAUUGACGUCAGUGAAACAGUUCCUCAAGAGCAAGGUAUAAUAUUUACUGAUAAAUUUAAACUUGAUAAACGUAGCGUCGAGAUUAGCUUCGUUGAAGGGAAAUGUGUUACUGUAGACCAUAUCAUAGCGCAAGACAAAGAAGCAGCAAUGAAUAUUCAAAAAUAUGAAGAAAAUAUGGCAAAAAUAAAACUAACAAAACCUGGCAUGGAUAUAGCUCAAAAGGCUCAAAUAUUUAUUGAGCAAAAUACUGGAUUGAUUAAACCUUUUGAAAAAAUAGAAGCAGAAGCCCACGUAAAGCAAGAUGCGUUUCAAUCUAUCAUUGUCCAUGAAGUUCCAAGUGCAGAAAGUGAAGAGAAUUUCAAUAAAUACCCGAAGGUAGUAUUCAGUACGGCUGUACCAACAUUUGAAGAGGACCAUAGUGUAUCUAUUAUGGAGAUAACAUCUGGUGAAGUUGAAACAUCAUUGGAAGAGAAGAAAUAUGAAACAUCGCAAAAAGCUGUUGAUACUAUUGUUACUGAACAUGAUAUGAUAGAGACUAUGAUAGUAGAGUCACGAAUCGAUGUACCUGAACAACCUCCCGAUUAUAUUUUAAUAUCUCAAAUUGCCGUGCCGGUCCGAAAUACAUUUGAAAGUAUUAUUGUUAACGAGAAUAUUGUCGAAGAAAACGAGAAGACUUUCGAAAAUGUGUUUAACCCUACGACACAAAAAGCGAAUAUCGAUAUAACAGGGGUAAACUCAUUACAAGUUUCAGAAACAAUUUUUGAAGACAAAGAAGAGUUGUUGAAUAUCGCUUCAAAACGAACUGAAGUCAAAGCUACUCCAGAUAUCAAUUUAUUGCAAACUAUUGAAGGCUCUUUUAUGGAAAGUAUACAAAAUAUUCAAGAGUUCCGUGAGGAGAAACCAUUUUCUUCUCAAGCAACCAUAACUCAAACCACGAUAGAAACAAUAGUGAGGUCAGAAACAACGCCAGCCGAAAGAGAAGACGUUUUUGAGAGUAAGCAACUUGAAACACAGAAAAGCAAACCGCAAUUCGAAGGUCUUACAACGGUUGUAAUUACUGAGACAGCUUCUAAUGAAAUUGAAGAUAUCUUAUGUGAAGUCGUUACACCAAAACAGCACCAAGCACAAUCGAAUGUAACAGGUAGAGAAGCUGCGGAAGUUCUUCAAAUAGUUACAGCAAGUACGAUCGAAGAUUUUACGAAACCUGUCAAAUUACACGAACAAAGAGGUAAACCAGGACUUGAAGAAUUGUCAUCCGUGACGGUUUCCGAAAUUAUUUUGAAUGAAGUUGAAAAUGUCCUAGCUAAUGAAAUUAUUCCAAAAGAUCGCAAGGCUGAUUUCAAAAUUUCUGGUAGAGAAAUCGCCGAAACAAUUCAAGUAACAGCAAUGUCUGAGAUUAAUGAAUUUGCUAGAGAAAGACCUGAAGUACAGAAAGUUAACCAACAAGUUGAUGAACUAAUUCCACUGACUAUUUCACAAGUAAUUUCUGAUGAGACCGAAGAACCAUUAAUUAGCACUGAACUUCCCAUAGGGAAAUUAGCACAAACAAAUAUGUUCGGUAGAGAUAUCGCGGAAACAACACUUGUUUUAACAAUGACUAAUGCCACAGAAUUAAUUCCUAAAAAAGAAAUUGAAAAGCAGAAAGGUAAACUUAGUCUAGAAAAAUUUAAAACUUUGACGAUUUCACAAGUAGAAACUCAAGAAACUGAAAAUGUGUUUGAUAGUUUCAAAGUACCAACUGAAGAAACGGCACAAACAAGUUUGCAUGGCAUAGCAGACGUAGCAGAAACUACGGAAAUAACAACUGUAUCAAAUCUAGGUAAGUUCAUUGAACUUCAAAAGCCCAAAAUACAAAAGGGAAAACUAAAUCUCGAAGAAUUAUCACACUUACAUAUAACGCAAACUGUAUCUAAUGAAGCAGAAACACUAUUGCCUAGUCCAGAAAUGCCUACAAAAAAGAUGGCGCAAACUAAUUUAUCUGGUAGAGAUAUAGCUGAAACAAGUCAAAUUUUAACAAUGCUAAGUAUAGAAGAACUCUCAAAACAAGUGUUACCAGAUGAGCAGAAAGGAAACGUACAAGUAGACGAAUUAUCCUCCUUGACUAUAUCUCAAGUAUUAUCUCAUGAAACCGAAAAAACAUUCGAAAGUUUCGAUGAAUCUAGGGUACUCACAGCAAAACCCAUUAUGUCUGGUAGAGAAAUUGCCGAGACUUCUCAGGUGCUUACUGUCACAAAUGUCGAAGAACUUUCGACUUCCAGAAGUCCAGAAAAACAAAAAGGUAAACCAGGUUUUGAUGAAUUUUCUUCUCUCGUGGUUUCGCAAAUAAUGUCUACUGAGGCAGAAGCACAAUUACCAAAAUUAGAGAAAUUAAAUGAGAAAACAGCUACACCUUGUUUCUUAGGUAGAGAAGUAGCCCAGAAUGUCGAAAUAGUAACAGCUGCAACCGUUGAACAAAUACCCGAGUUUAAAAAAACAGAUGAUCAAAAAGGAAAACCAGAUGUUGAACAAGUAAAUUCCAUUACUGUGUCUGAAGUAAUUUCUACAGAGACAGAACAAGAAUUAUUGACACAAGAAACGCCAAAAGAGCAAAUAGCUUUGCCAAAACUAUCUAGCAUAGAAGUACCACAAACGUUAGAAGUAACAGUAGUGAGUAACGUCGAAAAACUUGAAAAAUCCCAAAUUCCUAAAGAACAUAAAGGCAAAUCAAAUGUUGAAGAACUAAUACCAUUAUCAAUUUUAGAAGUGGCUUAUAAUGAAGAGGAACAAGAAUUACUCACUCCAGAGGAACCAACUAAGCAUAUAGCUGAAAAAAGUAUGCUAGGAAUGCAUGUGGCAGAGAAAUCACAAAUAUUUGCGUCGUUAACUACGGACGAGAUGAAAGAGUCUGUUAAGCCUGAGAUAAAAAAGUUGAUACCUGAACAAAUACCAUUUGAGAAUAUACAACAGAUCGAAUUAAUUCCUCAUGAAAGUGAAUAUAUACUUCUUUCUAAUAAGAAGAUACAGGGUGAUAUAGCCGAUGUUUCAUUCCGUGUUUCUGAAGGAGUCGAAGUUAUCGAAGUAACUGCUACAGAAAAUGAAACAAAAGAAGUGGUGAAAGGUUUGAAAGAAACAAUGAAACAAACAGCUGAGCAAAAAAUACAAAGCAUCCACGUUGCAGAAAAUUCUCAGAUAGUUACGUCGUCAAGAACAGAAGAAAUGAUGGAUUCUAUUAAACCAGACAUAAAAAAAAUAGUACCAAAACAAAUACCGUUUGAGAGUAUACAACAGAUAGAAUCAAUUCCUCAUGAAAGCGGAUACCUGUUUUUCCUUGAUAAGAAAACACCAAGUACUACAGCCGAUAUUUCAUUUCGUGUUUCCGAAGGAAUUGAAGUUAUACAGGUAACUGCUACAGAGAAAGAAACAAAGGAAGUCAUUAAAAAUUUGGAAGAAGCAAAACAGAUAGCCGAACAAAGCCUGCUUACUAUGCCUGUUGUAGAACAAUCUCAAGUAAUUACAUCAUCAACGACGGAAGAGAUAAUAGAAUCUGUUAAACUUGACGUAAAGAAAGUAAUACCUGAACAAAUACCGUUUGAGAGUAUACAACAGAUCGAAUCAAUUUCUCAUGAAAGCGAACAUUUGCUUCUCCCUGAUAAGAAGACACCAAGUACUACGGCCGACGUCUCAUUCCGUGUUUCCGAAGGAAUUGAAGUUACCCAAAUAAUUACUACAGAGAAAGAAACUAAGGAUGUCAUAAAAAGUCUGAAAGAAGAAACAAAGUUAACAGCCGAACAGAGCAUGCUUACUAUGCCUGUUGCAGAACAAUCUCAAAUAAUUACAACAUUGACGACAAAAGAGAUAAUAGAAUCUGUUAAACCUGAAAUAAAGAAAGUAAUACCUGAACAAAUACCGUUUGAAAGCAUACAACAGAUCGAAUCAAUUCCUCAUGAAAGCGAGCACUUACUUCUUCCUGAUAAGAAGACACCAAGUACUACGGCCGAUGUUUCAUUUCGUGUUUCUGAAGGAGUCGAAGUUAUUCAAGUAACUGCUACAGAGAAGGAAACUGAGGAAGUCAUAAAAAGUUUAGAAGAAGCAACAAAACAGACAGCCGAACAGAAUCUGGUUACUAUGCCUGUUGUAGAACAAUCUCAAGUAAUUACGUCAUCAACGACGGAAGAGAUGAUAGAAUCUGUUAAACCUGAGGUAAAGAAAAUAAUACCUGAACAGAUACCAUUUGACAGUAUACAACAGAUUGAAUCAAUUCCUCACGAAAGUGAAUACUUACUUCUCCCUGAUAAGAAAACACCGAGUAGUACGGCCGAUGUCUCAUUCCGUGUUUCUGAAGGAAUCGAAGUUAUCCAAGUAACUGUUACAGAAAAAGAAACAAAGGAAGUCGCAAAAAAUUUAGAAGAAGCAAAACAGAUAGCCGAACAAAGCCUGCUUACUAUGCCUGUUGUAGAACAAUCUCAAGUAAUAACAUCAUCAACGACGGAAGAAAUGAUAGAAUCUGUUAAACCUGAGGUAAAAAAAAUAAUACCUGAACAGAUACCAUUUGACAGUAUACAACAGAUUGAAUCAAUUCCUCACGAAAGUGAAUACUUACUUCUCCCUGAUAAGAAAACACCGAGUAGUACGGCCGAUGUCUCAUUCCGUGUUUCUGAAGGAAUCGAAGUUAUCCAAGUAACUGUUACAGAAAAAGAAACAAAGGAAGUCGCAAAAAAUUUAGAAGAAGCAAAACAGAUAGCCGAACAAAGCCUGCUUACUAUGCCUGUUGUAGAACAAUCUCAAGUAAUAACAUCAUCAACGACGGAAGAAAUGAUAGAAUCUGUUAAACCUGAGGUAAAGAAAAUAAUACCUGAACAGAUACCAUUUGACAGUAUACAACAGAUUGAAUCAAUUCCUCACGAAAGUGAAUACUUACUUCUCCCUGAUAAGAAAACACCGAGUAGUACGGCCGAUGUCUCAUUCCGUGUUUCUGAAGGAAUCGAAGUUAUCCAAGUAACUGUUACAGAAAAAGAAACAAAGGAAGUCGCAAAAAAUAUAGAAGAAGCAAAACAGAUAGCUGAACAAAGCCUGCUUACUAUGCCUGUUGUAGAACAAUCUCAAGUAAUAACAUCAUCAACGACGGAAGAAAUGAUAGAAUCUGUUAAACCUAAGGUAAAAAAAAUAAUACCUGAACAAAUACCGUUUGAGGGUAUAGAACAGAUUGAAUCAAUUCUUCAUGAAAGCGAACACUUGCUUCUCCCUGAUAAAAAAGCACCGAGUAGUACGGCCGAUGUCUCAUUCCGUGUUUCUGAAGGAGUAGAAGUUAUUCAAAUAACUGCUACAGAGAUAGAAACUAAGGAAUUUGAAAAAACUUUGAAAGAAGCAACUGAACAAACAGCCGAGCAAAGAAUGCAAAGUAUCCACGUUGCAGAAAAAUCUCAGGUGGUUACAUCGUCUGCAACAGAAGAAAUGACGGAAUCUACUAAGCCAGAAGAAAUGAAAAUAAUUCCUGAACAAAUACCGUUUGAGAGCAUACAACAGAUCGAAUCAAUUUCUCAUGAAAGCGAACAUUUGUUUCUUCCUGAUAAGAAGACACCAAGUAUUAUGGCUAAUAUUUCAUUCCAAGUUUUCGAAGGAGUCGAAGUUAUUCAGGUUACUGCUACAGAAAAGGAAUCAAAAACGGCCAUAAAAAGUUUGAAAGAAGAAACAAAGCUGACAGCCGAACAGAGCAUGCUUACUAUGCCCGUUGUAGAACAGUCACAAAUAAUUGCAUCGUCAACAACGGAAGAGAUGAUAGAAUCUAUUAAACCUGAGAUAAAGAAAAUAAUAUCAGAACAAAUACCGUAUGAGAGUAUACAACAGAUCGAAUCCAUUACUCAUGAAAGCGAACACUUGCUUCUCCCUGAUAAGAAAACACCGAGUACUAUGGCCGAUGUUUCAUUCCAUGUUUCUGAAGGAGUUGAAGUUACUCAAGUAACUGCUACAGAAAAAGAAACUGAAGAAGUUAAAAACUCGGAAGAAGCAACCAAACUAGUAGCCGAGCAGAGUAUCUUUAGUAUGCCUGUUGCACAAAAAUCCCAAAUAGUUAUAUCAUCAAUAACAGAAGAUAUUAUAAUGUCUACCGAACCUGAGAUAAAAAGAAUCAUUCCAGAACAAAUACCGUUUGAAGGUGUGCAACAAAUAGAAUCAAUUCCUCAUGAAAGUGAGAGUUUGCUUUUUCCCGAUAAAAAAGCAUCAAGUACUAUGGCUGAUGUUUCAUUUCGAAUUUCCGAAGGAGUCGAAGUUAUACAAAUAACUGCUAAUGAGGAAGAAGUUAAAGAAGUCGUAGAAAGCCUGACAAAACCACUUAAACAAAUAGCAGAGCAAGGUAUGUUAAGCAUGCCCGUUGCUGAAAAAUCUCAUGUUAUAGCAUCAAUGUCAACGGAAGAAAUGACAGAGUUUCUUAAACCUGAUAUAAAGGAAAUAUCACCAGAACAAAUACCGUUUGAGAGUAUUCAACAGAUAGAAUCAAUACCACAUGAAAGUGAAAGUUUCCUUAUCGCGGAAAAGAAAGCAGCAAGAGUAACAGCUGAAGUUUCAUUUCGCACAUCUGAAAGUCUGCAAAUCAUUCAAGUAACACCUACAGAAAAAGAAGCAAAGGAAGAUGUCAAAGGUCUCGCUGAAGAAGUAAACGCUCACACAGACAUAACUGAACGAAAAGUUGCUUUAAAAACUGAAAUUCUUCCAGAAGAUGUAGUAUCUGAAUUUAGUAUUUCAAAACCAAAGAAUAAAACAGCCCGCGGAGUUGAAGAUGAAAAACAAGGUGUAAUUGUUACUGAAUUGCAACACGUUACCGAAAUUGAAUCAAAUUUGCCCGAACCCGUCGUACCAGUAAUACCAAAGUUAGCAAGUUCAUCUAUCGAAGCCGACUACAUGGAGAAAUACGUAGAAACUACAGAAGCAUCAAAGAAACAACAUUACCUUACAAUCACACAACACACAACACACGAAACAAAUCAACAACCAACAAAUGACUCCGAUACUGAAGUAAUUGAAGAAUACACAACAAAAUUUAGACGCGGUAGUAAAGAAAGUGAAGAAGCAGCAAUUAAAACAAAGAAAACAAUAAUACGAAAAAAGAAACCAAAAACUAAAUUAGAAAAAGAAAAAAUAGUAAUAAUUGAAGAAAUUGAAAAUAUAAAACCACAAAUACCACUGAUACCAAAAAAGCAAUUUUAUAACAUCGAAGAAGUAACAGAAGAAAUAGGAAUAGAAGAAAUACUACCAACAAGAAUUGAAGAAUCAGAAGAUGCAAUUCCUGAAACACAUCCAGAACUUAAAAUACACCACGAAGAGGAAGAAAUAAGAGAGCAAGUAACUACAAUUCAGGAAUCUGUCAAGGAGCAAAAACCGAAAAAGAUUAUAGAAAAGAAAGUCAUAAAACAUAAAGAACAACAAGAAACCGAAAAAAUAACGGUGAAAAAGCAGAGCCAACAGCCUAUGACCAUUAUAAAAAGUCCUGUGGAAGAAACCGUUGAAGGGAUUAUACUUUCCAUACCAUAUCCCGAAUCCGCAAAAUUCGAUAAAAAAGACAAAAUAAAAGAACAAGUAACGGUGACAGAGAAAAUUAUAGAAGAACAUAAACCUAAAAGGAUUACAAAGCAGAAGAUCACCAAACGUAAAGGACAGAAGCAGCAAGUGACGGAAGAAAUAACAGUGGAAGAGAAAGCCCUUCCGCCUGUCACAACAGUUACAGAAUGUCCCGUAGAAGAAAUUAUUGAAGAGACUACACCACAUCACAAAUUUGCAAAACCCGUUGAAGAAGAAGAAAUAAGAGAGGACGUAACUGUGACUGAAGAAAUUGUAGAGGAUCAUAAACCGAAAACGAUUACGAAGAAGAGAGUCACCAAACGUAAAGGACAGAAACAGCAAGUGACGGAAGAAGUAACAGUGGAAGAGAAAGGUCUUCUGCCCGUUACAACGGUUACAGAAGGUCCCGUCGAAGAAAUCAUUGAAGAGACUAUACCACUCCUUGAAAUUGCAAAACCCGUUGAAGAGGAAGAAGUAAGAGAACAAAUAACUGUGACUGUGGAAAUUGUAGAGGGUCCUAAACCGAAAACAAUUACGAAAAAGAGAGUCACCAAACGUAAAGGACAGAAGCAGCAAGUGACGGAAGAAGUAACAGUGGAAGAGAAAGGCCUUCCUCCUGUUACAACAGUUACAGAAGGUCCCGUAGAAGAAAUCAUUAAAGAGACUAUACCACAACCUGAAUUUGCUAAACCCGUUGAAGAGGAAGAAGUAAGAGAGCAAGUAACUGUGACUGAGGAAAUUGUAGAUGGUCAUAAACCAAAAACGAUUACAAAAAAGAGAAUCACCAAACGUAAAGGACAGAAACAGCAAGUGACGGAAGAAGUAACAAUGGAAGAGAAAGGCCUUCCGCCUGUUACAACAGUUACAGAAAGUCCCGUAGAAGAAAUCAUUAAAGAGACUAUACUACAACCUGAAUUUGCUAGACCCGUUGAAGAGGAAGAAGUAAGAGAGCAAAUAACUGUGACUGAGGAACUUAUAGAUGGACAUAAACCGAAAAAGAUUACAAAGAAGAGGGUAACCAAACGUAAAGGGCAAAAGCAGCAAGUGACGGAAGAUGUAACAGUGGAAGAGAAAGGUCUUCUACCCGUUACAACGGUUACAGAAGGUCCCGUAGAAGAAAUCAUUGAAGAGACUAUACCACAUCCAGAACUUACAAAACCAGUUGAAGGGGAAGAAGUAAGAGAGCAAGUAACUGUGACUGAGGAACUUAUACAUGGACAUAAACCGAAAAAGAUUACAAAGAAGAGAGUCACCAAACGUAAAGGACAGAAGCAGCAAGUGACGGAAGAAGUAACAGUGGAAGAAAAAGGCUUUCCGCCUGUUACGACAGUUACAGAAGGUCCUGUAGAAGAAAUCAUUAAAGAGAGUAUACCACAACCUGAAUUUGCUAAACCCGUUGAAGAGGAAGAAGUAAGAGAGCAAGUAACUGUGACUGAGGAACUUAUACAUGGACAUAAACCGAAAAAGAUUACAAAGAAGAGGGUCACCAAACGUAAAGGGCAGAAGCAGCAAGUGACGGAAGAAGUAACAGUGGAAGAGAUGGGUUUUCUGCCCGUUACAACCGUUACCGAAGGUCCCGUGGAAGAAGUCAUUGAAGAGAUUAUACCACAUUCAGAACUUUCAAAGCCCGUUGAAGAGAAAGAAGUAAGAGAGCAAAUAACUGUGACUAAGGAACUUAUAGAUGGACAUAAACCAAAAAAGAUUACAAAAAAGAAGGUAACCAAACGUAAAGGGCAGAAGCAACAAGUGACGGAAGAAGUAACAGUGGAAGAGAAAGGCCUUCCGCCUGUUACAACAGUUACAGAAGGUCCCGUAAAAGAAAUCAUUAAAGAGAUUAUACCACAACCUGAAUUUGCUAAACCCGUUGAAGAAGAAGAAGUAAGAGAGCAAAUAACUGUGACUGAGGAACUUAUAGAUGGACAUAAACCGAAAAAGAUUACAAAGAACAGGGUCACCAAACGUAAAGGGCAGAAGCAGCAAGUGACGGAAGAAGUAACAGUGGAAGAGAAGGGUCUUCUGCCCGUUACAAUGGUUACAGAAGGUCCCGUCGAAGAAAUCAUUGAAGAGACUAUACCACUCCCUGAACUUUCAAAACCCGUUGAAGAGGAAGAAGUAAGAGAGCAAAUAACUGUGACUGUGGAAAUUGUAGAGGGUCCUAAACCGAAAACGAUUACAAAAAAGAGAAUCAUCAAACGUAAAGGACAGAAACAGCAAGUGACGGAAGAAGUAACAGUGAAAGAGAAAGGCCUUCCUCCUGUUACAACAGUUACAGAAGGUCCCUUAGAAGAAAUCAUUAAAGAGACUAUACCACAACCUGAAUUUGCUAAACCCGUUGAAGAGGAAGAAGUAAGAGAGCAAAUAACUGUGACUGAGGAACUUAUAGAUGGACAUAAACCGAAAAAGAUUACAAAGAAGAGGGUCACCAAACGUAAAGGGCAGAAGCAGCAAGUGACGGAAGAAGUAACAGUGGAAGAGAAAGGCUUUCCUCCUGUUACAACAGUUACAGAAGGUCCCUUAGAAGAAAUCAUUAAAGAGACUAUACCACAACCUGAAUUUGCUAAACCCGUUAAAAAGGAAGAAGUAAGAGAGCAAAUAACUGUGACUGAGGAACUUAUAGAUGGACAUAAACCGAAAAAGAUUACAAAGAAGAGGGUCACUAAACGUAAAGGGCAGAAGCAGCAAGUGACGGAAGAAGUAACAGUGGAAGAGAAAGGCUUUCCUCCUGUUACAACAGUUACAGAAGGUCCCUUAGAAGAAAUCAUUAAAGAGACUAUACCACAACCUGAAUUUGCUAAACCCGUUGAAGAGGAAGAAGUAAGAGAGCAAAUAACUGUGACUGAGGAACUUAUAGAUGGACAUAAACCGAAAAAGAUUACAAAGAAGAGGGUCACUAAACGUAAAGGGCAGAAGCAGCAAGUGACGGAAGAAGUAACAGUGGAAGAGAAGGGUCUUCUGCCCGUUACAACGGUUACAGAAGGUCCCGUCGAAGAAAUCAUUGAAGAGACUAUACCACUCCCUGAACUUGCAAAACCCGUUGAAGAGGAAGAAGUAAAAGAGCAAAUAACUGUGACUGUGGAAAUUGUAGAGGGUCCUAAACCGAAAACGAUUACAAAAAAGAAAAUCACCAAACGUAAAGGACAGAAACAGCAAGUGACGGAAGAAGUAACAGUGAAAGAGAAAGGCCUUCCUCCUGUUACAACAGUUACAGAAGGUCCCUUAGAAGAAAUCAUUAAAGAGACUAUACCACAACCUGAAUUUGCUAAACCCGUUGAAGAGGAAGAAGUAAAAGAGCAAAUAACUGUGACUGAGGAACUUAUAGAUGGACAUAAACCGAAAAAGAUUACAAAGAAGAGGGUCACCAAACGUAAAGGGCAGAAGCAGCAAGUGACGGAAGAAGUAACAGUGGAAGAAAAAGGCCUUCCUCCUGUUACAACAGUUACAGAAGGUCCCUUAGAAGAAAUCAUUAAAGAGACUAUACCACAACCUGAAUUUGCUAAACCCGUUGAAGAGGAAGAAGUAAAAGAGCAAAUAACUGUGACUGAGGAACUUAUAGAUGGACAUAAACCGAAAAAGAUUACAAAGAAGAGGGUCACCAAACGUAAAGGGCAGAAGCAGCAAGUGACGGAAGAAGUAACAGUGGAAGAGAAAGGCCUUCCUCCUGUUACAACAGUUACAGAAGGUCCCUUAGAAGAAAUCAUUAAAGAGACUAUACCACAACCUGAAUUUGCUAAAUCCGUUGAAGAGGAAGAAGUAAGAGAGCAAAUAACUGUGACUGUGGAAAUUGUAGAGGGUCCUAAACCGAAAACGAUUACAAAAAAGAGAAUCACCAAACGUAAAGGACAGAAACAGCAAGUGACGGAAGAAGUAACAGUGGAAGAGAAAGGCCUUCCUCCUGUUAUAACAGUUACAGAAGGUCCCGUAGAAGAAAUCAUUAAAGAGACUAUACCACAACCUGAAUUUGCUAAACCCGUUGAAGAGGAAGAAAUAAGAGAGCAAGUAACUGUGACUGAGGAAAUUGUAGAUGGUCAUAAACCAAAAACGAUUACAAAAAAGAGAAUCACCAAACGUAAAGGACAGAAACAGCAAGUGACGGAAGAAGUAACAGUGGAAGAUAAAGGCCUUCCGCCUGUUACAACAGUUACAGAAGGUCCCGUAGAAGAAAUCAUUAAAGAGAUUAUACCACAACCUGAAUUUGCUAAACCCGUUGAAGAGGAAGAAGUAAGAGAGCAAAUAACUGUGACUGAGGAACUUAUAGAUGGACAAGGUCCCGUAGAAGAAAUCAUUGAAGAGACUAUACCACAUCCAGAACUUACAAAACCAGUUGAAGGGGAAGAAAUAAGAGAGCAAGUAACUGUGACUGAGGAACUUAUACAUGGACAUAAACCGAAAAAGAUUACAAAGAAGAGAGUCACCAAACGUAAAGGGCAGAAGCAGCAAGUGACGGAAGAAGUAACAGUGGAAGAGAAAGGCCUUCCUCCUGUUACAACAGUUACAGAAGGUCCUGUAGAAGAAAUCAUUAAAGAUAGUAUAUCACAACCUGAAUUUGCUAAACCCGUUGAAGAGGAAGAAGUAAGAGAGCAAAUAACUGUGACUGAGGAACUUAUACAUGGACAUAAACCGAAAAAGAUUACAAAAAAGAAGGUAACCAAACGUAAAGGGCAGAAGCAGCAAGUAAGGGAAGAAGUAACAGUGGAAGAAAAGGGUCUUCUGCCCGUUACAACGGUUACAGAAGGUCCCGUCGAAAAAAUCAUUGAAGAGACUAUACCACUCCCUGAACUUGCAAAACCCGUUGAAGAGGAAGAAGUAAGAGAGCAAAUAACUGUGACUGUGGAAAUUGUAGAGGGUCCUAAACCGAAAACGAUUACGAAGAAGAGAGUCACCAAACGUAAAGGACAAAAGCAACAAGUGACGGAAGAAGUAACAGUGGAAGAGAAGGGUCUUCUGCCCGUUACAACCGUUACCGAAGGUCCCGUGGAAGAAGUCAUUGAAGAGAUUAUACCACAUCCAGAACUUGCAAAACCCGUUGAAGGGGAAGAAGUAAAAGAGCAAGUAACUGUGACUGAGGAACUUAUAGAUGGACAUAAACCGAAAAAGAUUACAAAGAAGAGAGUCACUAAACGUAAAGGGCAGAAGCUGCAAGUGACGGAAGAAGUAACAGUGGAGGAGAAGGAUCUUCUGCCCGUUACAACCGUUACAGAAGGUCCCGUGGAAGAAAUCGUUGAAGAGACUAUAACACAUCCUAAACUUUCAAAGCCCGUUGAAGAGGAAGAAAUAAGAGAGCAAAUAACUGUGACUGAGGAACUUAUAGAUGGACAUAAACCAAAAAAGAUUACAAAGAAAAGAGUCACCAAACGUAAAGGGCAGAAGCAGCAAGUGACGGAAGAAGUAGCAGUGGAAGAGAAAGGCCUUCCGGCUGUUACAACAGUUACAGAAGGUCCCGUAGAAGAAAUCGUUAAAAAGACUAUACCACAACCUGAAUUUGCUAAACCCGUUGAAGAGGAAGAAGUAAGAGAGCAAGUAACUGUGACUGAGGAAAUUGUAGAUGGUCAUAAACCAAAAACGAUUACAAAAAAAAGAAUCACCAAACGUAAAGGACAGAAGCAGCAAGUGACGGAAGAAGUAACAGUGAAAGAGAAGGAUCUUCUGCCCGUUACAACCAUUACAGAAGGUCCCGUGGAAGAAAUCGUUGAAGAGGCUAUAACACAUUCUGAACUUUCAAAGCCCGUUGAAGAGGAAGAAGUAAGAGAGCAAAUAACUGUGACUGAGGAACUUAUAGAUGGACAUAAACCAAAAAAGGUUACAAAGAAAAGAGUCACCAAACGUAAAGGGCAGAAGCAGCAAGUGACGGAAGAAGUAACAGUGGAAGAGAAAGGCCUUCCGCCUGUUACAACAGUUACAGAAGGUCCCGUAGAAGAAAUCAUUAAAGAGACUGUACCACAAACUGAAUUUGCUAAACCCGUUGAAGAGGAAGAAGUAAGAGAGCAAGUAACUGUGACUGAGGAAAUUGUAGAUGGUCAUAAACCAAAAACGAUUACAAAGAAAAGAAUCACCAAACGUAAAGGACAGAAGCAGCAAGUGACGGAAGAAGUAACUGUGAAAGAGAAAGGCCUCCCACCUGUUACAACAGUUAUAGAAGGUCCCGUGGAAGAAGUCAUUGAAAAGACUGUACCACAAUCUGAAUUUGCUAAACCCGUUGAAAAGGAAGAAGUAAGAGAGCAAAUAACUGUGACUGAGGAACUUAUAGAUGGACAUAAACCGAAAAAGGUUACAAAAAAGAGGGUAACCAAACGUAAAGGGCAGCAGCAGCAAGUGACGGAAGAAGUUACAGUGGAAGAGAAAGGCGUUCCGCCUAUUACAACCGUUACAGAAGGACCCGUGGAAGAAGUCAUUGAAGAAAAUAUACCACAUUCUGAACUUUUUGAACCCGUUGAAGAGGUAGAAGUAAAAGAGCAAGUAACUGUGACUGAGGAAAUUGUAGAUGGACAUAAACCGAAAAAGAUUACAAAAAAGAAGGUAACCAAACGUAAAGGGCAGAAGCAGCAAGUGAGGGAAGAAGUAACAGUGGAAGAAAAGGGUCUUCUGCCCGUUACAACGGUUACAGAAGGUCCCGUCGAAAAAAUCAUUGAAGAGACUAUACCACUCCCUGAACUUGCAAAACCCGUUGAAGAAGAAGAAAUAAGAGAGGACGUAACUGUGACUGAAGAAAUUGUAGAGGAUCAUAAACCGAAAACGAUUACGAAGAAGAGAGUCACCAAACGUAAAGGACAGAAGCAGCAAGUGACGGAAGAAGUAACAGUGGAAGAGAAAGGCCUUUCGCCUGUUGCCACAGUUACAGAAGGUCCUGUGGAAGAAAUUAUUAAAGUGACUGUACUUCCUAUGUCACAUCCCGACUUCACACGAUUCCUUGAAGAAGAAGAAGCCACGAAACAGGUGAUUGUAGCAAAAAAAGUGAUAGCGGAAGUGGGUGACUUGCCUAUUACAACAACUGCUAGUCCCGUUAAAGAAGUCGCUAAAGAAACUGUACUUGUUGAACGUCCCGUAUUUUUCAAUCUUCCUGAAAUAUCAUCCCUAAAGGAUGUUGAACAGAAUAUAAUUGAAGAACAAAUUGCUGCUGAAAUAACUGUAGACAAUAAAGAUAUGGAAGGAUUGUACACAGGAAUCUCAAACAAUCUUCACAUUACACCAGAAAUACAUGACAAACUCACCAAUGAUGUGUUAAUACAUAAUAGCAAUAGAAUUAGUUUAAAAGGUACCAAAGAAGAAUUAAUGUAUCAGCAAGGAGAAUCAAUUAAUGAAGUGCCUAAAGAAACUGCGGAAGAAAUUGAUCACCAUUUGAAGAAAGAAGCAGAUCACCAAAUGUUUCAACUUCGUACAAAUAAAGAUGAAUUGAUAGAUAAUAUAGAGGUUGAUGUUAAAAGGAUACCAUUAAGAAAAGAGGAAAUACCUGUUAUCGAGGAAAAAGAAAAAAUUAAAGAACCGAUUCAUAAAGAUAGUAGAUCAAAGAAAAUGCCAAAGAAAAAAGAUGAUCACAUCGAGAAGAAAAUAACUAUAGAACCAAAAGAAACAAUUAAAAUGCCAGUUGAGGAAAUAAUUAAGGAAAAAGAACAUGUGAUGGAAACUGUCGAUUUUCUUGAAGAAGUAAUGGACGAAUUCCUAACAGAUAUGCCGAAAAAAGAAAAGGCUAUAAUAAAAGAAACUGAAAAAGAGACUAUUAUAAUUGCAAAAAUAGACGUACAAAAAUCACCUGUUAAAAUGCAUAAAAAUAAAAUAGAUUUAAAAAAAGAAAUAAUAGAACCUGUUGAAAUACCUACACCAAAAAUUAUUAAAAAAGGAAAAUUAACGACAGAUCAGCAUGAACAAAAUGAAGAAGCUGUUCAGAAACCAAUUGAGGAAACAGUUAAAAAAGAAGAAAUAACCGAAGUUAUUGAAACGCCUACAAAAAAGAAAAUACUAAGGAAAAAUGUAAGAUUUCAUGAAGAUAAUAUACCCGAAGAAAUUCUUGAAGAAAUUGUUUUGGAAAAACCAGAUAUGGAACAAGCUCAAACUAUAUUUUCGCCAAAAGAGAGUAUUGAAAUAACACAAAUCUUAACUGAGUCGUCCAUUACUAAAUUCGCCGAUGAUAAAGUUAUACUGGAAGAAGCAGCCAUAUACAAAGUUAAAGAAGACGAAAGCGCUUUGAAGAAAGUUUCACGGAAAGAAACGAAUAUAGUUCCUGUACAAGAACAAAUUACUAUUGAAACUACUAAAGAAAUAUCUAGUGAAAAAUUAAAAGAAGAAGAAAUAAAAUUGUCUAUUAUAACAAAAGAAGGAAUAGAAGUUACUGAAACAACUUCAGACAUUUUUUCUGAAGACCUUCUUGUAAAAAUAGAACCGAUAGAGGAGAGAAUACUGCCAAUUAAAGAAGAAGAGUCACAAGUUAAAGUAAAAGAAGUCACUGUGAAAAAGGUACCAAAAAAGAUUAAACCAAUAUAUGCAAAUAUACAACGAACUGAAGGAGAAAUUAUUAAAGACAUUACAUUACAAGAACCAAUUCAAGAAAAAGCAGAAGCAAAAAUAGUACCAAAUGAGAAAAUAGAGACUAUAGAAAUUAUUUCUGAAAUUACAACCGAUAAACUUGAUAAAAAUAAAAUACCACAAAAAGCGAAAUUAAAAUCUGUCAUAGCUGACGUUCAGGAAAAAAAAGAAAAGGAAUUAAUUCCGAUCAAAAAAGAAGAAAUAAUUCAAGAGAAAAAACAAACAGAAAAAUUAAUAGAAGGAACUAUAUCUGUUAAACCUGAGAUAAAACAAACAAAAAUGGAUAAAGCAUUAGAAGGUAUAAAAAAAGUGCCAGAAAUAAUUUCAGAAACUAAAAUGAAAGGUACCUUAAAAGAAUCUAAAGACAAAUUAAAAGAAGCAGAAAUACAUCCUAAAGAAAUAAAAGAAUUUGAAAAACCAACAAAAGAAAAUGAACCUAUUAUAGAAGAAAAGUUAAUAGAGUCUAAACCUAUAGAGGAAAUAAAAGAAAAGAAAAUUAUGAAGAAAAAGAGAAAAAAGCCUGUUAAAAAAGAUGAUAUAGAAGAAUGGAUAGAACCCGAGUAUGAAAAACCUAUUCUAGAACCGAUGCCUGAAAAAAUUCAAUGGGAACCAACGAAAAAAAGAAAAGAAAAGAAAACGUUACCUACAUCUUUGCAAAAAUUGGUUCCACAUAAAAUUGAAAGAAAAGAAAUCAAACCUACAAAAUUGAAAUAUGUUGAACCAAAUAAAGAUAUAAUCCAAUUUGGUACAAUUAAAUUAAAAAAGGUACCAAUCGUUAAGAAAAAAGAAAUAAUUGAACCAAAAUUCCCUAAAAUCAUGUUACGAAGUAGAAUAAUCUUUGUUGAUGAUUAUCCAGCAGAAUUACAGAUACCAAAAGUUACAUAUAUGGAAAAGAAUGUAAUACAAGCUGGUAUUUUAUCUAGAAACACAGAAGAAGCAUUAGAAAUUAUAAAGAAAAAAUACAAAAAGCCUAAAGUAUCAGAGAAAGAUUUAAUUGAAUUAGAGAAAUUAGAUAAAGAAUUCGAAGAGUUAAAAAAAGUUCCUUUGGAACAAAUAGAAGAUAAAUCUAUUUACGAACGUACACCAAAAAAGUCACAGAAAAUAUUUGAAGAACCAGAUAAGCUUAUUAUCGGAAAGGGUGAAAUAAAACAAGAAGAUAAAAUUGUACAGGAACAGAUUAAAUUAAAGAAAAUACCAGUAAAAAAUUCAGAACAAGUAACAGAAAAUAUAACAAAACCUAAACAAGAAAAACCUAUAGAAAAUAUCCCUCAGAAAGAAAAAGAUAAAUCUAAAGAAACAUUCAAACCUGAUGAAUUUAAACCAAUGGAAUUUGAUAGUCCAGAAAUUGAAAAGUAUAUCCCUCAAGAUUUCGAAAUAACCGAAAAGUCAGAAAUUGAUCUUGUCCCAAAACCAUACGAACCAUCUAAGAAAAAGAAAUUGAAACAAGAUGUUGAGCAAAUUCCUUUAAUAAAAAGAAAACCAGAGCUUCCAGAAUCUGAAAAAGAACCCGAAGUCAAAUUUCGAAUACCAAUUUCAGAAAAACCAAAAGAUGAACCCGAAACAGUAACAUUAAAAAAAUGGACGAAACCUAAAGAAGAGGAUACAAAAAAAUAUCCAACUAAGGAAAAAGAUAUCCCAACGGUACCUAAAGAAAUUAGUGAUGAAUUUACAGUAAAAGAAAAGAAAAAACCAAAAAAGAUCAAAGAUAAAGAAGACGAAGAUACGGUGAAAAAGAAAUCAAACGAAAAACUUGUUACCGAGGAAUUAGCUGAAGUAACUAUACAAAAAACCGUUCCACAAAAAGAAGAACAAUUAUCAGAAAAAAUAGUAAUACAGAAACCAAAAAAAGAAUCACCUAAGGAAGAAGUCGCCAAUCAAAUUACAAUUAAAGAACCGAUUGUCGAAGAAAAAAAAGAAGAUAUGAAUGAAGUCACUGAAGAAAUUACUGUGAAAAAGAAACCGAAGAAAAAGCCUGUUGCAGAGGAACUUGUUGCGGAAACAAUUGUAACAAAACCCGUUUUAAAGGAGGAAGAACAAGAGUCAGAAGAAAUCUCUGAAAAAGUGAUAUUGAAAAAAACCCAAAAAGAGUCACUUAAAGAAGAAGUCACCGACGAAGUUACAAUUAAAAAACCGGUUAUUGAAGAAAGAAAAGAAGAUGUAAAAGAAAUCACUGACGAAGUUACUGUAAAAAAGAAACCAAAGAAAAAGCCUGUUACAAAGGAACUUGUUGCGGAAACAAUUCUACAAAAACCCGUUUCAAAAGAAGAAGAACAAGAGCCUAAAGAAAUCUCUGAAAAAGUGAUACUGAAAAAGCCCCAAAAAGAGCCACUUAAAGAAGAAGUCACCGAAGAAGUUACAAUUAAAAAACCGGUUGUUGAAGAAAGAGAAGAAGAUGUAAAAGAAAUCACUGACGAAGUUACUGUAAAAAAGAAACCGAAGAAAAAGCCUGUUGCAGAGGAACUUGUUGCGGAAACAAUUCUAAAAAAACCCGUUUCAAAAGAAGAACAAGAAUCAGAAGAAAUCUCUGAAAAAGUGAUACUGAAAAAGCCCCAAAAAGAGCCACUUAAAGAAGAAGUCACCGACGAAGUUACAAUUAAAAAACCGGUUGUUAAAGAAAGAAAAAAAGAUGUAAAAGAAGUUACUGAAGAAGUAACUAUAAAAAAGAAACCAAAGAAAAAACCAAUUACUGAAGAAUUUGCUGUCGAAACAACUGUUAAAAAACCCGUUUCAAUAGAGGAAGAACAAGAGUCUAAAGAAAUUUCUGAAAAAGUGAUACUGAAAAAGCCCCAAAAAGCACCACUUAAAGAAGAAGUUACCGACGAAGUUACAAUUAAAAAACCGGUUGUUGAAGAAAGAAAAGAAGAUGUAAAAGAAGUUACUGAAGAAGUAACUAUAAAAAAGAAACCAAAGAAAAAACCAAUUACUGAAGAAUUUGCUGUCGAAACAACUGUUAAAAAACCCGUUUCAAUAGAGGAAGAACAAGAGUCUAAAGAAAUUUCUGAAAAAGUGAUACUGAAAAAGGCCCCAAAAGCACCACUUAAAGAAGAAGUCACAGACGAAGUUACAAUUAAAAAACCGGUUGUUGAAGAAAGAAAAGAAGAUGUAAAAGAAGUUACUGAAGAAGUAACUAUAAAAAAGAAACCAAAGAAAAAACCAAUUACUGAAGAAUUUGAUGUCGAAACAACUGUUAAAAAACCCAUUUCAAUAGAGGAAGAACAAGAGUCUAAUGAAAUUUCUGAAAAAGUGAUACUGAAAAAGCCCCAAAAAGAACCAUUUAAAGAAGAAGUCACCGACGAAGUUACAAUUAAAAAACCGGUUAUUGAAGAAAGAGAAGAAGAUGUAAAAGAAAUCACUGACGAAGUUACUGUAAAAAAGAAACCGAAGAAAAAGCCUGUUGCAGAGGAACUUGUUGCGGAAACAAUUCUAAAAAAACCAGUUUCAAAAGAAGAACAAGAAUCUAAAGAAAUCUCUGAAAAAGUGAUACUGAAAAAGCCCCAAAAAGAGCCAUUUAAAGAAGAAGUGACCGACGAAGUUACAAUUAAAAAACCGGUUGUUGAAGAAAGAAAAGAAGAUGUAAAGGAAGUUGCUGAAGAAGUUACUGUAAAAAAGAAAUCGAAGAAAAAACCAAUUACUGAAGAACUUGCUGUCGAAACAACUGUUAAAAAACCCGUUUCAAAAGAGGAAGAACAAGUAUCAGAAGAAAUCUCUGAAAAAAUUAUACUGAGAAAACCCCAAAAAGAAUCACUUAAAGAAGAAAUCACUAACGAAGUUACGAUUAAAAAACCUUUUGUUGAAGAACAAAAUAAAGAUGUAAAGAAAGAAGUCACUGAAGAAGUUACUGUAAAGCCUAAGUCAAGAAAAAUGAUAAUCAAAACAGAAGAAACGUCUGACAUAACUAUUGCGAAACCUACAGGAGAUAAAAAAGUAGAAAAAGAAAUCACGGAAGCAUUUGCAGAUGUAUUAUUAAAACAAAAAAAGCUAGCACCUGAAAUGGAAGAUGCAGUUAGAGAAGAAUUAACUGUUCACAAAGUGGAGGUUGUAAAACAACCAGAAGAAGUAAUUGAAGAAUUUACAUUGAAACGCAAGCCACCAAAAAAAGCACCGAAACCAAUUGAAGAAAUUUAUGAAGAUAUUACUUUACGUAAAUUACGGCCAAAGAAAAAAUCUAAACUAGAUGUUAAGGAAGUUACGGAAGUGGAAAAUGUAACAUUUAGACCACGUUCUACAAAAACAAAAGAGGACGUAGAACAAGAAUUUAAAAUCUCAUUAAAUACAUAUGAAGAAGAAGAUAUUUCUAUGUUCGGUAAAGUGCGCUUAAAAUCAAAAAGACGACCGUUUACAUAUUCUGAAGAAACUGGAGAAGAAACAAUCAAAAUCAUUCAAGAAAUCGAAGAUAAUUCUGGCCCAUUUAUCGAAGAGAUUAUUGAUGAAUCGGAAGAAGAAGGUAAAGAGGAGUAUAGUAUCGAAGAACUGGACACUGAUGAAAUGAAUAUACCGUUGAGACGAAAGAAAAAGAAACAAAAAGUUCCAUAUAUUGUAGAAGAAAUUAAAGAAGAUGAUGUGAAACUACAAUUGAAACAAAAUAGAAAAUAUUCAUAUGAAGAAACUGAUGCUGAAUCUUUGGCGCUGAAGUUGAAGAGCAAGGAACGUAUUUCCACAUUCGAAGAAGAAGAAGCUUCUCUCAGUAUUACCAAAGAAGAGGAAAUAUCCGAAGAAGUCGAUGCACUUGAAUAUAUUGUCCGUGAAGGUGAUACAAUGUUUUCAAUUUGUUCUUAUAUUGCUGAAACAGAAGAAGCUAUUAAUUUAGUCGAAGGGGAAAAAGUUUUCAUUAUAGAUCAUACCAAUCAGGAUUGGUGGUUUGUAAAGAAACACUUAACCGAAGAAAAGGGUUGGGUACCAGCACAAUAUUUAUUAGAUGAAACACAUUACACUAUUUACUUACAACGAAAAUUGCAUGAAAAGAUUGAUAAACUACCAAUUUUUGAGAAACCAGUUCCUGGAGAAAAAGCCUCGGCACCAAGAUUUAUUGAAAAAUUACAACCAAUUCAUACGUUAGAUGGUUACACCGUUCAAUUCGAAUGUCAAGUAGAAGGCAUACCAAGACCACAAAUAACUUGGUUCCGUCAGAGCGCUAUUAUCAAGCCAUCUACUGAUUUUCAAAUGUAUUAUGACGAGGAUAACGUUGCUACUUUGAUAAUAAGGGAAGUCUUUCCUGAAGAUGCCGGUACAUUUACCUGCGUUGCCAAAAAUGCUGCAGGAUUUGCAUCCAGUACCACUGAGCUCGUUGUCGAAGCUCCUUUAUCAGAUCAUGGAUCAGAUGUUACUGGUCUGUCAAGAAAAAGUCUUUCCAGAGAAUCAUCUCUUGCAGAUAUAUUGGAAGGUAUACCACCUACAUUUUCUCGAAAACCAAAAGCGAAAUAUGUAAAUGAAGGUGACGAUAUAAUAUUGGAAUGUCGAUUGGUUGCUGUACCAGAACCAGAAGUAACAUGGUACCAUGAAGAUACACCAGUAGUUAGCCAACAAAAUGUUGUAGUUGUACUCGAAAGUGAUAUGCAUAUGUACUGCAGUAUCGUAAAAAUUACUAAAAUUAAAAAAAGACAGGAAGGAAAAUACAAAAUUAUUGCUAAAAAUAGAGAGGGCGAAGCCAUUAUUGAUAUUCCAAUAAAGGUAAAAACUGAAAAGAGUGAACCACCCGAAAUUUUAGAACCGUUACAAUCCUAUGUAAUUAAAGAAGGUGAAACUGUUAUUUUAUCGACUCAAAUAGUUGGUAAUCCAUCACCGAAAAUAACAUGGUAUAAAGAUGGAAAGCUGAUAAAAGACUUACAAAUAAAGCAAGACGGACACAUUAAUACGUUAAACCUAAUCCAACCUCAAUUAACGGAUAGUGGGGAAUAUUCAGUUACAGCUAUUAAUGAUAUGGGCAAAGCCGAAACUCAAGCUACAUUGACGGUUGAAAAAGUACCAAGUAGUGCUCUAGAACCACCAUUGUUUACCAAACGUUUCCAAGAGAUAAUCGUUCCGGAAAAUGGUACUUUCAAGUUAGAGGCCAAAGUUACUGGAAAUCCCAUUCCUGAAAUUACUUGGUUUAGAAACAAUAAACCGUUUGAUAAAUCUACCAACAUCAUAGAAAGUUAUGACGGUGAAAACAUUAUGCUUGAAAUUAGAAAUGCAAACUCUGAAGUAGAUGCUGGAGAUUAUAAAUGUGUUGCUAGUAAUUCGAUUGGAAAAGCUUCUCAUGGUGCCAAAAUCACGGUAGAUGUUGCUAAAGUCUUUUUCACGAAGAAUUUACAAAAUAAAAUGACAAUUGAUGAGUACAAAACUCUAGAAUUGAGUUGCGAAACAUCUCACACUUUUUCCACAAUAUGGUGGCAUAAUGAUGAAGAAAUCAGUGGAAUGGAUCAUCGCGAGAUUAUCCAGGAAGGACGUUUACAUAAGUUGCUUAUUAAAAAAUGUGGUCUUUCUGAUGGAGGAACAUACAAGUGUACCGUCAAGAAUCAAAUGACAUCUAGCAAUGUUAUAGUUAAGGCUACCAAGCCAGAAUUUGUCAAAAAAUUGCAAGACUUUGAGGUAAAAGAACGUGAUGUAGUGAUUCUGGAAGUUGAGAUCACAUCUCAAACGGCCGAUGUUACAUGGCAAAAAGAUGGUGAAUUAUUAACACCAAGCAAAGGGAAGCUAGAAUUUGUAAAAGAUGGUACAAUGAGAAAACUUUUCAUCAGAAGCGCAUCGGUUCACGACGAAGGUGAAUACACAUGUGCACUUCCAGAUCAAGAGUGUACAGCAGAAGUAACAGUUGUCGAAUUACCACCGGAGAUAAUUGUAAAAAUGCAAGAUAUAACUGUAGCCAGAGGUGAGAAAGCGACCUUUGAAGUAGAAUUAACGAAGGGUGACGCUCUGGUACGCUGGUUCAAAGGCGAACAAGAAUUACAAUUUUCUGAACACGUUCAAUUGUCAAUCGAUGGGAAGAAACAGAAAUUAAAAAUCUAUGAUACUGAAAUAGAAGAUGCAGGAAUCUAUUCUUGUCGAGUUGGCAACCAAACUUCAUCAGCUAGACUGACGGUCGAAGAACCCGAAAUAGAUUUUAUUAAAAAAUUGCCAGAUGUUACUUUAGUACCAAUCAACACUGAUGCAACUUUUCUUAUCGAAUUAUCGCGUGCUGAUGUAUCAGUAACAUGGUUAAAGAAGAAUGAGAUAAUUGAUUGUGUACAAUCAUCGAAAUACAAUAUUAUUGAUGAAGGAAACAUCAAAAAGCUCAUCGUUAAAAAGUGCACAACCGAAGAUGUUACCGAAUAUACUGCUAUAGUUGCCAAUGUAAAGUCAUCAUCCAGAUUAAAAAUUGAAGUUAUUGAAGUGCCACCUAGAAUUUAUCCUGAUACGCUCAGAAAAUACAAAACGAUGAAAGGCGACGACAUUGAUAUCAUUGUGAAAUUCACGGGUAAACCAACUCCAACUGACGAAUGGACUGUCAACAAUCGUGUUCUUAAAAAGUCCAAACGAAUUAUUCCAUUUAUCAACGAAUGCUCAGCUAUCUUAACACUCAGAGACGCACAAGAAAAAGAUGUUGGUGAUUAUAAUUUAAAAUUAAUUAAUCCUCAUGGAGAGGACAGUAUAAAAAUCAAUGUCAUUGUUGUGCAGGUACCUGGAGCAGCAGGAAUCCCGGAACCUCUUGAAAUAACCGAUAGUAGCAUUACUCUUCAUUGGAAAAAACCAGAUUUUGAUGGGCAUUCCCCGAUCAUAGAAUACAUUUUAGAAUAUUGCGAAAGGGCAGAAACUUUGUGGAGCAGGAUCACGGAGACAAUAAUCGGAACUACAUAUAAAUUGACCAAUUUAAUUGCUGAUAAGGAAUAUACUUUCCGGGUAACAGCUAUUAAUGAAGCUGGACCGGGGGAAGCAUCUCCAAAUACACCAUAUCUAAAAAUUUCCAAGCUGUCGGCGUUAGAGCCACCAACCAUUCUCGAAGCACUCAAGAGCAUCAUUAUUGGAUUAGAAGAGACUGUCACACUUUCUUGCGUAAUUGGUGGUAUACCAACACCUCGUGUUACGUGGUUGAAAGAUGGCAAGAUUUUCGAAGAUAAUGACAUUAUAUACGAAAAUCAUGUAGCUAAAUACACUAUUCAGAAAACCACUGAGACAUCUUCAGCUACAUUUACUGUUAAAGCCCAAAAUGAUGUGGGUACGGCGGAAACAUCGUGUCAAUUAAAAAUUCAAGAAUCUCCAAAGAUUACUUGUGAAGAAAACUUAAGAAACCAAAAACUAACUGUGGGUGAUAAUUGGAAAGUCAAUAUUUAUUUUAGUGGUUUUCCAAAACCAGAAGUAACAUGGACGAUAAAUAAUAAGAAAAUAACUAAUAAACGUAUUUCCAUCGAGUCUACAAUAAAUACAUCUAUUAUUACAAUUCCUUCGCUUGUUAGAAACGACACAGCCAUCUAUACAGUAAAAGCAUCAAAUGAAGCCGGUAGCUCAUCUAUGGAAUGUCAUCUUUGUGUCAUAGAUAAACCGAGCAAACCUCAAGGACCAAUUAUCGUAAAAGAAAUUAGACAAGAUCGUGUUACUAUAGAAUGGCGACCACCAAUAGAUGAUGGUGGUGUGAAACUUGAAAGAUACAUUAUCGAGAAAUGUGAAGUAUAUCAAAAAGAUUGGAUAAAAAUAGGUGAUGUCGACAAAGAAGUCGAAACUUUCUGCGCGCAGAAAUUGCAGCAGAAUGUCGAAUACUUAUUCAGAAUAAUUGCUAAAAACGCUGUCGGAUUAUCAGAUCCUUUGGAAUCCGAACCAAUUCAAACGAGAACGUUAUUAGAAGUACCAGGUAUGCCGAGAGGACCUCUCGAAGUUUUUGGAAUGACAAAAACGUCAUUCACAUUAAAAUGGGAACCACCAGAAAAUGAUGGCGGUACACCUAUUACGGAUUACAUCGUCGAAAUGAAAGAAACAUCAAAGAAAGCUUGGCAAAAAAUUACAAGUACAAAGGGAGACGUCACUAAUGUUCCUAUAUUCGAUCUAAAACUGAAUACAUCAUACAAUUUCCGAAUAACAGCUAAAAACAAUGUUGGUACUGGUCCUCCAUAUAUUGCCGAAGAAGCGAUUACAACUGGUAAACGACCAACACCACCUUCAAGCCCUUUAAAUGUCCGAGCGACAAAUGUAACAAGCAAAAGUGUCACUCUCAAUUGGUCACCACCGACUACGACAGGAGGAUCAGAAUUGACAGGUUACGUAAUUGAAAAAAGACCAUUAAUCGGAAAAGGUGCCCGAUGGACAAAGGUUAUUACUUUGGACGCUACGACACACCAAUACUGUAUAGAAAACCUAAAAGAAAGCGAAUUUCUCUUUAGAAUCUUUGCUGAAAACAGUUUAGGUCUUAGUAUACCGACCAAUUCCGAACCGAUCACGUUAAAAACUCAUGCCAUUGUUCCAUCAUCACCUACGGCUCCGUUAGAGAUGAGACAAAUAGCAGCGAAUACAAUGGUAAUCGAAUGGGGUAGGCCCGAAUCAGAUGGUGGUGCAUCUCUGGAGGGUUAUAAAAUUGCUAUCAGAGAUACGAAGAAAACGAUGUGGAUGGAAGUAGGAAAAGUUGGCGCGGACAUUCAAAAACUCAACAUUAGAGAUCUUCAAGAAAAUCAUGAAUACCUUAUAAGAAUCUUUGCACGAAACGAAAUCGGAUUCAGCGACCAUUUAGAAUCAGAAGAACCUUUUAAAAUUGUUCCGGUAUCAGAACUAUCGUGUGUGGAACCAAUUGCUGAGAUUAUGGAUAAAGGUGAAACCGCAUCAAUCAGCUUUAGCACGGAAAACACUAGUUCAUGGUUGCGAGAACAUAAUAUGGACGCUGAUAUACAUUCGUAUGCGAAAGCGAGAUUACUUAGAAAAGAUGAGUACUUUUUCCGUAUUUGGCACUAUGCUAAAAAGCUGUUUGAAUAAGUAUACGUGUAAAUUUCAACAUUUAAAUUGUAAAUUGUCAGCGAAUACAAUUUGUAAUAAUCUUUGUUAUUUCUGUAUUCUUUCUUCUUUACGAGCAUUACACAUUCAUACAUCAAAUCAAUGUAUAUCAAUUAUUAUCAUUUCACAUUUUAUAAAAUCGAAUUUUGCGUAAUGAUUAUACAUACAUACUGAAAUUAAUAUCUUUUUUGUAAAAUUAAAUAGUAUUUACCAUGCCAAUUUUAGGAUAAAGUAAUUUUUCUUUGAUGCUUUUAUCAGUGCUCUCGAAAUGUGCAUUGUAUGAUUGAAUAUUUGAUUCUAGUUUCAUCGUUUUGAUUACCAAUUACGCUUUCGCAGUUUCAUAAAAUUUUAUUUUUUAUCGUUAAUGCAUAUUAUUAAAGUUGUAUUUAUGUUUAAAAUAGAAACGACAACAAAAUGUUAUACAUCCUAAAAAAUUCUCCGAAGUUUUCAAAUACAUCUAUUAUUGAUGUAUCUAUUUAUAUAACUACGUAAGCGUUUUAUUUGUAUGACGAAACCAGAGCUUGCAAUAUUAUUUUAGUAUUUAUUCUCCAAAUAUAAUGUACAUCGAUUGAUUUUUCUCAUUACUAUUAUCCGUGAUAUAUAAUAUUAUUAUAGGGUUAAUUAUAUUAUUAAUUAGUUUUGUUUGUUAGUUAAUUAUAUUAUUAAUAUAUUGUUAAUAAUAUCGAUACAUUAAGAAAAUGAAGAAAUAUCACGUGUACUUGGUAAGAGACAAAAAAUAUAGGUGCAAUUAACAACUAAUUACCAAUAACACGUCGUAUUUCUCAUUAUUAAUAAAUUAUAUAUGUAAUAUUGUAAAAUAUUUUAUUUAUUAAUUAAAACAUUACGAAUUCUCA